GGAACACUGAGCACGCGCGAGGAGCAGGAGGAGGAGACCAUUGACGCAACCUUUCGCUCCUCCCUCCGUCCCUCGCAGGUUUUUUUUACGUCGCUUCUUUACAUGCUUGCGCACGCGUACUAGCGCGGGGUGCAGGACCCGGAAAGAGGGGCCGGUUUGCUUUACGGCGGCGCUCGGCGUUUUCCCUUAACAAGCAUGGCGUCCGGGUUUGAAAGCGAGAGGACUCUGGCGGCGCGCAAGGAAGAGAGGCGCCGCCACCGCGAGGCGCUGCUACAGCAGGUGACGGACCGGCUCGGCUUGUCGGCCCGUUGCUGGGCCUUGUUCUCACCCCACUUCCGAAGGAACCCUCCUUCUCCUCCUCUCUUUCUCGCUUCCCUCCGCCCCCAUUCAAGCGUCGACGGGACGUUUUUCACCCCUUUUUUGUCUUCAUUGUGUAAAUAACAUGAGGUUCUCGCUCCCUUCACCCCCCUUCAGCCCUUGUUUUGAAUCGCCCCCCCCCCCAGGUAAUAGGGCCAUUUCCCUAUUUCGGAACAGCAGUUCUCUGCAACGGCAGGACAUGUUUAAAUUCCUCUGUGAUUGCAGGAAGUAUCCCCGAGAACUCUGGGAAAUGUAGUUCUCGGAGUGGGGCUAAGGACCUCUGCGCGGUAGUUCUGAGCACCCUUCCCAAACCGCAGGAGUCUUUGGGUGAGGAGGUGGGAGAGGAGCAAUUGCAGUUAAAACUAGUGACAAGCCAAUGCGGGUUUAUCUUUUUUGGGGGGCUGCCCUCUUACAUUUAGGACAUCUUCAUGAGGACGUUUGUCUCAAUCUAUGAAUCCUUAGGUCUUAUAUUUUUUUAAGUUGAAUUCAGGAAGCACCCUUCAUCCGAAGAUCACAGGGCCGGGAUAUACGUUUAUCGCCUGCGCAUUUAUCGGCUGAACUUCUGUGGUUUCUGUGUAUGCAUUUCCACCUACAGUCAUACCUCAGGUUGAAGUAGCUUCGGGAUAAGUAUUUUCGGGUUGCGCGCUGUGGUGACCCGGAAGUAACGGAGCGUGUUACUUCAGGGUUUCGCCGCUCGCGCAUGCCCAGACGGUCAAAAUGACGUCACGUGCAUGCGUGGAAGCAGCAAAUCACGACCUGCGGAUGCAAGUUGCGUUCGCUUCUGCAUGCGAACGGGGCUCCGGAACGUACCACUGUACUAGGGGUCAACCCGUCCUAAGAGUUGCUUUGUACAUCACAUAGCUUUCCUACACAAAAGUUACUUGUGUGAAAGAAAUUGUUUGUAAAUCCCCCCCCCCAUAAUUUUGUCCAGUGUGGUGAAUGCACGUGCACCAAAUAGAUGAAUUGUGUGUUAAGGAUUGUUAGGAAAGGGAUUAAAAACAAAGCCACCGAUGUCAUAAUGCCACCAUGCACAUCUAUGUUGUGACUGAACUUGAAGUGCUGUGUACAGUACUAGUUUCCACACCUUAAAAAGGAAGCUGGAGGGCUGGAAAAUGUUUAGAAAAGCACAAGUAAUAUGAGGAUAGCUUUGGUUGAUUGUUGGUUGGUUCUGUGGGAUUUAUCCUUUGGGGGAUAUUUGGGGGAUAUUUAUCCUGUUGGGAGGUGAAUCUGGGGGUGAUGACAUCCAACUUCGUUAUAAUUAUUUAUAUUUAUUACUUGCUUUACUCAUAAAAGUGACUCAAAAUGACUUACAGCACAGUAUUACUGCUAGAACCAUUUAAAAGAAGCAAGCCAAUUGUCAGAGCUGCUUCCAGAUCCUAGCUCACAGAGGAUCACGCUAGCCAGCGAUCAUUAAACAAAAGUCUUUAUUGAGUUACAGUUUCCAUUCUCAAGCUGCUGCGUGCAACUCUACGUCUCAUGCUUAGACCGGCGAAGCUCCGUCUGAGUCUCCGCCCCUUGUACACCAACUUAAUAUCCUAGCCCUGCUCCACCUUUUCCGCCUGACUGUUCUUCUCUGGGUCCCUCUGCCCCCCCGGGGUCUCUUCCUUCCGGGAUUCCUCUGACGCUGACGCUGACUCCCCUGACUCUUCUCCCUCCUUUCGGCGGGCUUUAGGACCUGGCUCCCUUUCCGGGCUGCCUACUGCGCCACCUUCCUGUGCAUUUGAACUUGGCGCGCGCGCCCAACCUUCCACCUUCCGUCUGACCGUUUCUUCGCUCCCCGAUGGAGGUGUGGCCACUCCUGACUCGUGCCCUCCCCCCUGUUGUGAGUUGCCAGCGCUUGAUCCCUGGCGCCCUUCCUCUUCCCUGCUCUCUGGCGGUGACGUUGGUCCCGAUUUCCAACUGCUCCCCUCUGAGUCCCCUCUGGCUCUAUCUUCCUGGGGUGUCCCCCUAGGCUCCCCCCUUGCCCUGGCCACUGGUGCUCCUUUCUGUGAAUCUUCUGAUUCACUGGAAAGACUCGGAGAUCUCGGGUCGUCGUCAUCACUCAUCUUUUCUUCUGCCUCCUCCCCCUCGCUCUCUGUUUCCUCCCUUGCCCUUGCCUCUGCUCCUGAACCCCUGACAUCCAUCCCCCUCGAAGCCCCCUCUUCCCCCUCCCCUCCUUCCGGUGCGGGAUCUGGGUGCUGCCGUGUCAGGGGACGAAUGUCGGAUACAGUUCGCUUCCCGUGGCGGGCCGCCAUCUGAAGUCUUCCGGUUCUUCCUCCCUGCUCUCGUUGACGACGGUCACCUCCGCUUCCAUCUCUGUGCCGCCGUGCUCGAAACCCGGGUCGUCCCCGAAAAGUCCAUGUCCGUCUCUCCCUCGUUGCCUUCUGGAGACGUUGCUCGUCCUGGACCCUCCAGCCACCUUCUACGGAACUGCUCCUCUGGUCGAUCAUCCCACCAAUACGAGGGUUCUGAAGCAGAUCCUGAGGGUGACCCCUCCGGGGAACGGGCGUCUCGUGUCGGUUCCUCGUCCGAGUCGAACCCCGGAACGUGCUGGCUGAAAGCGUGGGCGUGAAAAGCCAGUCGUCGAAAAGUCUGCUGGCAUUGGCCUAUGUGGGAAGAGGGCAUGAAACUCUUCUUUGAGCAGAGGUUCGUCUAAAGCGUAGCCCGGCACCCAGCUGUUGGCACUGGCCGGGGUGCCCUCCUUGGCGAGAAGGUAUUCUACCCCCUCUUCCCCCCAUCUGGAGUCCAAAAUCUCCGUGACUUCGUUGAUGCGCUCCUCCCGUGCCACUCCCCCCUGCCCGGUUCUCUCUCGGAGCGGACCCGGUGCCGUUCCUGGUUCCUGAAACCUGUGAGGUGCCUUGUAGGGAGUGAGCACCGAUCUGUGGAACACCGGAUGCAUUCUGGAACCCUCCGGAAGAGCCAGCCUGAAAGCCACCGGGUUGACCUGUUCUUCGACUUGGUAGGGCCCCAGUUGUUUAUGCCCUAGUUUCUUCUUCGCCAACGACCUGGCCGGCACUGCGUGGGCUGCUAACCAGACCCAGUCUCCCACAUGGAUCUCUUCGCCAACCCUUCUGUGUUUGUCCGCUUGUACCUUGUAUGCGUGUUUAGCCAGCUCCAGGUGCCGCCGCAGCUGAUCGUGGACCUCCUGCAACUCCGACGCGAAUGCAUCUGCUGUCUGCGGCUCCCCUCCCCCAUUCUUUCCAGUCCCGGGAAGGUUCUGGGGUGCCUCCCGUUGUUGGCGAAGAACGGCGUGACCCCCGUGGACACGUGCUUCGUGUUGUUGUAGGCGAACUCGGCGAGAGGCAGGUAAUCCACCCACGUCGCAGGCUGUUGAUUCGCAUAACAUCUCAGGUACUGCUGCAUGAUGGCAUUGACCCGCUCCGCUUGCCCAUUGGUCUGCGGGUGUCUAGCCGACGCCAGGUUGAUCUUGACGUUCAGGAAGCCCAUCAGCCUCUGCCAGAAGUUCGAGAUGAACUGUCGCCCUCGGUCGGACAGAAUAGACCGCGGCAGACCGUGAACCUUGAACACGUGGUCUAUGAACAGUUUGGCGGUUUGUUCCGCCGUGGCCACCUUCGCACACGGAAUGAAAUGUGCCAUCUUGGAGAACAAGUCCACCACCACCAGCACAGCCGUCUUGCCCCUCGAGCUGGGCAGAUCCGUGACAAAGUCCAGGGCCACUCUCUCCCAUGGUUCGAACGGAGUUUGCAGCGGUUCCAGCAGUCCGGCCGGCGGUCUGUGCACUGGUUUGGCCCUCUGGCAGGUGUCACACCUCGCCACGUAGUCCGCGACUUCCCCUCUCAUUCCUGGCCACCAGAAGUCUCUGGCUACUAAUUCCACCGUUUUCUCCUUGCCAAAGUGCCCGGCAGUGGGCGCGUCGUGCAGCUGCUGCAGUACCUUGGCGCGAAGUUCGUCUCCCGGCACGUAGAUGGCCCCUUUACGGAUGAGCAAACCAUCUCGCAGCUGGAACUCGUCGGUCGCUGCCGUGCCCCUGUGCGCCUCUGCCAUCUUUGCUUGCGCGAAGGAGUCAUCCUGCAACGCUCGUCGCACCGCCUCCAGGUCAACUGUCGCCGCCGUGCACGCCCACACUGUCGGUGCGAAGAUGUGCAUGGCGGCCGCUGGCGUUGCCUCCUCCAAAUACUGUGGCUUACGGGAGAGAGCAUCCGCCAUGAUGUUGGUGUUCCCCGGGACAUACUCUAUUCGGAAGUCGAAAUUCGCAAAGAACUCAGCCCAACGUAUCUGCCUCUGGUUCAGGAACUGUGCCGUGCGCCAGUGCUCUAGAUUCUUGUGGUCCGUGCAGACCUGCACCGUGUGCUUGGCGCCGAUCAGGAAGUGCCUCCACGCUUUGAACGCUGCAUGAAUGGCCAGCAACUCCCUGUCCCAGAUGGUGUAGUUCUGUUCGGACUUGCUGAGCUUCCUUGAGUAAAACGCUCCCGGCCUCCAAACCCCCUGCGGGUCCUUCUGCAGCAGGACUGCUCCCACGGCUCUGUCCGAAGCGUCUGUCUCCACCCUCAUCGGCCUGCUGGGGUUGACAUGAAGCAGUUGCUCUUCCGACGCGAAGAGACGCUUGAGUGCCUGGAAAGGACUGCUCCGCCUGCUCUGUCCAGAUGAACUUCUUUUCUUGGAGCUGAGCGUGUCCGUGAUGGCCGCUGUCUGCAUGGCAAAGCCUUUGAUAAACUUGCGAUAGAAGUUCGCAAAGCCGACAAACCGUUGGACCUCCUUCCGGUUGCGUGGGCUUUUCCAAUCCAACACUGCUCGGACCUUGGUGCUGUCCAUGGCGAGCCCUUUAUCAGACAACUUGUAGCCCAGGAAAUCCACCUCCGUCACGUCGAAUUGGCACUUCUCCAGCUUGGCGUAAAGCCUAUGUUGCUGUAGCCUGCUCAGCACUUCCUUGACGUGCCUGUCAUGCUCCUGCUGCGAUUCCGAAAAGAUCAGGAUGUCAUCCAAGAAACAGACGCACGUCUUGUAGAGGAGCCCCGCCAACACGUGAUGCAUGAAAGCUUGAAAACGUGGGAACCAUUUUGCAAUCCAAAAGGCAUAACUCUAUAUUCGUAGGUGCCCAGGGGCGUGAACAUGGCUGUCUUCCACUCAUCUCCUUCCCGCAUGCGAAUGAGGUUGUACGCCCCUCGCAGGUCCAACUUGGUGAACACGCUGCCCUUCCGUACCUUUGCGAGGAGGUCGUCGAUUCGGGGCAUGGGGAAGUCCGAUGGCUUGGUCACGCUGUUCAAAAUGCGAUAGUCCACUACAAGUCUUUUUGGGGCGUGUCCCGCUUCUUAACAAAGAAUACCGGACUGCCCCCGCUGCCUUGGACUCUCGGAUGAAACCGCGCUCCAAAUUAUGAUCUAUGAACUCUUUGAGUUCCUGCAGUUCGUCCUCAGACAUGGAAUACAACUUCCCUUUGGGCAGCGCCGCCCGGCAGCAGGUCAAUUCUGCAAUCAUAUGGUCUGUGGGGGGGUAGCCUGUCUGCCUCCUUCUCACAGAAAACCUCCAAAAAUGCUGCGUACUUGUGGGGAACCGCUUGCAGCGUGCCUAGCUGCAGCUGUGACUCCUCUUCCUCUCCUUCCUGCCGGGGCACGAUGCAGUGUUCAGCGCAAAAGGAAGAGCCGAAGGUCAGCUGCCUCUGGUACCAAGCCAGCGUCGGGCUGUGCUUGUCCAGCCAACUCAUGCCCAAUACAAUGGGCGUGUCCGAUAGUUGAGUGACAUUGAAGCUGAUGAUUUCCCUGUGAUUCCCAAGUCUCAUCACCAUUGGUGGCGUCUGCUUCACCACUUGCCCCCCUAGCAGCUCCCUACCAUCCACCGUGACAACCUGCAGGGGCAGCGUGGCAGGCAGCAACUGUAUAGCGUGCCGGUCGACAAAGUCCUGCCCUAUAAAGUCCGCAUUGCUUCCGGAGUCAAUGGUGAUUGGCACGUCCAUGGUGAUGCCAUUGGGCAGCUGGAGCGACGCGGUGAGCCUCACUACUGGUUUGGGCGGGAGGGGGUCCAUGGGCUGUAAAAUCUCCGGGGACUGCUUCACUGACACGUCUGGCUGGGCCCCAGUGCCUCUUUCUCCAGCCAGACUCCGUCGUUUCCCUGCCGUGGUUCUCCUUGCUGCGUUGCUGCAGUUACCAUUGCUGAGGCUGCAGUGUGCUUGUGGAGCCUCUGGGGACACUCUUUCGCCAUAUGCUGUGGAUCAUCGCAGAUGUAACACUUCCUGUUCCCUCUAGGAGGCUUCGCUUUCUUUUUUUUUUUUUUUUAAAGCAAUUUAUUGGAUUUUACAAUAGGAAUAAAUGUAAUAAACAAUAUAACAUUCGUCUUAACAUAAUUUCACAUUUUCUUUGGACUUCCUCACAUCUCCCGCUCCCACCUUAUGUUGGUUUCUAUUUCCCUCACUGAGCAGCAACUGCAGUCACAAGACAUUGUUUUGCAUUCCACAGUCAGAGUUACUGUUGGAGUUUCUCACGGGAAAGGGAGACUGGAUGUGACGUACACUGGUUUCCUGUUUUUCACUGUGAUUCUCUCCGAGCUGAGAGAGGAGAGAGGAUGCAUUUUUCUGCUCCUGCAGAGGCAAGAUGUCUUUCUGUAAUAUACCAGCUUUGAACUGUAAAUAAAGCAAUAUAGAGUAUGUAGCACGUAUUACUCAUCCUUCCGCUGGGCACGACAGACUCUGCUUAAAUCAACACGAGGUUAUGGACUCCAGAGGUCGAAUCGGAGUGCCGGCAGAGGAUCGGAAUGCAGAGGGACGGAUCGGAAAGGAAUCUGCUCUGCGCGUAGAAGUGAUUGAUGAGGUAUGUGCUACUGCUCCGGGCAGCCUGCCAGCUUCAAGUUAAUGGCUUUAUGGCUGGACUUUGAACUUUUAAAGCCGGUUUUGCCGGGAAUAGGCAAAAGGCUCCCAGGCACAAGUCACUAUGCUGGGGAAAUCGAAAGUAACUUUUAAGUGUGCCUUUGUAAUGAGGCAGCUGCAGCAGUGACGCAGCAAGAUUUAAAGCAGCAUAUAUAUGACGCUGAAGGCUAAUGCCAGAGUCAUGAUGGCCCUUCAGGAUGCUUGUGGGAUUCCUAAGCUCAACAAGAAAAAUUACAGCGACUGGGUUCAGUAUGCAGAGGCAAUUCUGCGGAAAGAGGGUCUGUUUGAGGUGAUUACAGAAACCCCCCCAGUUCCAGUUACAGAUGCAUGGGAAGCUAAGGAUUCCAAAGCAAGGGGAACUCUUACGUUGAUAGUAUCCCCAGAAGAGCUCUGUCUAUUGCGUGAUAAGACCUCAGCCAGAGAAAUUUGGGACGCUCUGAGAGAGGCUCACUUAAGGACAGAAGCUGGAUCCACUAUGUUUUAUUUUAACAAGCUGCAUAAUAUGGCUCUUGCUGAAGGUGGAGAUGUGCGUUUACAUCUGAUGCAGAUGCAAAAUCUGAGACAUGAGCUGCAACAGAGAGGACUCAACUUUCCAGAGGCUGUGUAUUCUUUCAUGAUACUACAAUCUUUGGGUUCAGGUUGGGAGUCUGUUGCAACCCAGAUUGCUGUGCAACCUACUGCUCAGCUGACAGUGGACUUUGUUACUGCCGUGAUUUUAAAUGACGCAGAUCGCCGGGUGCUGGCUGCAUGGGCAAGGGGGAGUCUUCACAGACGUCAUCCCAUAGUGCAGUGGAACCACCAGAUGGCGCCAAAGCUUUGAAGGCAGUCAAAUGCAACUCGUGUGGACGUCUAGGCCAUAUGAAGAGGGAAUGCAGAUAUCCCAGGGCCAAGACAGAGCAGCGCAGCGAAAGCUCAUCGCGCGGAAAAGGCCGAGGCAAAGGCAAAGGUCCGGUGUCUAGGACAACGCAGCACAAGGCUAUGGUUUCACGCUUCACUCCAAAGGUUGCAGAGGCCCAGAAGACGUCUAGAUCUUUCUUCGUUAUUGAUUCAGCGGCCACCCACCACAUGUGCAACGAUAAGAAACUGUUUGUGUCUUUUACACCGCAGGAAGGUGCGAUUCACCAGGCGGAUGACCACACUAUUCCCAGUAAAGGCUACGGAACUGUUGUUCUUCACAGUUUGGACUUAUCGAUACAGAAUGUGCUUUACGUGCCAGACGCCAAACAUAAUCUGCUCAGCGUUGGACAGCUGAAUGAGCGGAACAUUGACGUUUCCUUCAAGAACAAGAAGUGCAUCAUCACAAAGAAGAAUGAUUAUGUAUUGCAUGCAGAAUAUGUUGAUCAUUUGUUUGUUUUGUAUUAUGAUGAUGUGGUGCAGGAUGACACUUGUUGCAUUGCAGGUACUAACAAAAGUUUGCAUGCAGAAUGUAUUCACGAUUUUCAUAGAAAAUUUGGUCAUUUGAAUUUUGAGGCAGUAUCUAAAAUGCCUGCCUUGGUUGAAGGUAUGACUAUUAAACCCUGCAGGUACCACAUGAAGUGCAAAGCAUGCGCAGCAAACAAGGUGAAAAUGGCUGCGAAAGGUAAGGUGUCUAGUAGGAAAGCUACAGAACCAUACCAGGUUGUUCAUGCUGAUUUGGUUGGACCACUUGCGCCCUCUUUGGGUGGAAAUAGAUACUUCAUGGUUCUCAUUGAUGCAUUUUCUAGAUAUAUUUUUGUGUACAAUCUCAAGCAGAAAUCGGAGGCUUUUCCUAGGUUCAAGGAAUUCUGUGCUUGGUUGGAAAAUGUGCAUGGUAAGAAGAUAAAGACUCUUUUCAGUGAUCGCGGGGGGGAAUUCACUUCUCAGCAGUUUGAAGCUUUUCUGACUGAGAAAGGAAUUCAACACGAUUUGUCUAGUCCUCGCUCGCCAUGGCAGAAUGGACUUGCGGAACGGGCAAAUCAGACAUUGCUUCAAGGAUUAAAAACCUUGCUGCAUGAUGCCAAUCUUCCAGAGAGUUAUUGGGCCGAAUCUCUCUCGUGUUUUGUUUACAGUUACAAUCGCAGGUUAUCUUCAGCGAUUGGAUGUACCUCUAUGAGAAGAUGUUUGGCAAGAAGCCAUACAUCAAACACAUGAAGAUUUUUGGUUCUGACAUGUGGGUUCACUCACCACAAAACUCCAAGUUAGACAAGCGUGGAUUGCAUGGUAUCUUUCUAGGUUAUCAGAAAGGGUCUUACAGAAUAAUGAUGACUGACUCUAAGACAAUUAAGCUCACGAGAAGUGUCGAGUACAAUGCAAAGUGGUGGAGAAUGUGGGAAUUUUCCAAUGUUAUCCUGAUGACGGUGAUGAGACUGAGGAUAGUCAAAAGCAACCACAACAGCCCACACCCACUGAUGAAGGUUCUGAGUCUGAAUCUGAAACUGAAUCGGGUGAUUCAGAGGAUUUCAAGAGUGCGAAAGCCUCUAUGCGACCCUCUGAAAGCUCUGAUCAAGAAUUGGAGGAACCAUUGUUCACAAUAGGUCGUUUUUCUCCUAAGAAGGAAGAGGAGAGUGUUGAAGACUUAAGGAUAAUUCGUAGGUCACAGAGAGCCACAAAAGGCAAACCUCCAAAGAGAUUUGCUGAUGAGUUUGCUAAGAUAGCAGUAACAGCUGUUAAAAGCUCCAAGAAGGUAUUUGAACCUUCAAGUUUCCAAGAAAUCCAGGGUUUGGAUUCAAAGGAAGCUGAGCCAUGGUUAAAUGCCAUGAAGGCUGAGCUUGAUUCCUUAGAAAGGAACAAAACAUGGGAUCUAGUUCCAGUAGGUCCAGGAAUGAAACUGCUUGGAAGCAAAUGGGUCUUCAAAGCGAAGACAGAUCAAAAUGGCAAGAUAGUCAGACACAAAGCCAGAUUGGUAGCCAGAGGUUUUGCACAGGUACCAGGUGAAGACUAUCACGAGACCUAUUCACCCACAGUGAGAUAUGAAAGCAUUAGGCUUAUGCUUAAGCUAGCUGCAGAGGAAAAUCUACACAUUAGUCACCAUGAUAUUAAUACAGCUUUUCUGUACGGAUCUCUAGAUGAAUCACUUUAUAUGCUUCCACCUGAUGGCGUACAGGUAAAACAGGGAUUUGUUUGUGCUCUGAAGAAAUCCCUUUAUGGUCUCAAACAAAGUGCACGGUGUUGGCACACAAAACUCACUGAAGUAUUGUUUUCUCUAGGUUUUCAGCAAGGGAAAGCUGAUCCAUGUGUAUUUGUCAAAGAGGAGGGGCAAAAGAAACUGUACUGUUUGUUUUAUGUUGAUGAUUUAUUAUUCUUUUGGAAAGAUGUUGCAAUGUACAAUAGCGCCCUAGCUCAACUGAAAGAGCACUUUGACAUGAAAGAUCUUGGUGAGGUAAACAACUACCUAUCUCUGGAAAUAGAGAGAGAUCAAGAUGGUAACAUUCUAGUACACCAGUCACGGAAAAUUGCUGAUGUGUUAAGCAAACUAAAUCUGAUGGAUGCUAACCCUGUAGACACACCGAUGACAACAGGUUAUCAGGUAGAUGACACUGAAGAAGCAUUUUCUGACACUACACUGUACAGGAGUGUGCUAGGCAAGCUAAACUUCAUUGCCAGAUGUUCAAGACCAGACAUUGCUGUUAGCUGUAAUUUGCUAAGCAGACAAGUCAACAAUCCUAGUGUCAAGGAUUGGAAAGCUCUGAAACGCAUAGCGCGGUAUUUGAAAGGCACUAUGCAUUACAGACUGAGAUUUAACAAUCAGAAGUCUGGUGGUCUUGAGAUAUUUGCAGAUGCAAGUUUUGGAAGUGACACUACAGACAGGAAAAGUACGUCUGGAGUUUGCUACAUGUACAAUCAGAGUCUGUUUGAUUGGUCAUGCAAGAAGCAAACAACAGUUAGCUUAAGUACUUGUGAAGCCGAACUGAAUGCACUGUCUUAUUCACUUAAGGAUUGUGAAUGGUUAGUACAAUUGUGCAAAGAUAUGAAAAUUCCUGUCAAAUGUCCAAUCCAGGUUUACCAGGACAACAAAGCAUGUUUGGCUUUGCUGAAGUCUGAAGGUUGUAAGCAAAGCACAAAGCACUUACAAUUAAAGUUGCAGCAUGCUAGGGAAUGUAUUCAGAAGGGACUCGUAACGGUGUCCUAUAUGCCAGGUAAUGAAAUUCCUGCUGAUGUAUUGUCCAAGAUUGUAUCAAGGGAUCAACACUGUACCUAUGUGCAGAAGUUGGGUUUGUACUGAUAUUGUGCAAACACGCUGCCCAGUGAUGUUCACAGAAAGGGGGAGGAUGUUGGUUUCUAUUUCCUCACUGAGCAGCAACUGCAGUCACAAGACAUUGUUUUGCAUUCCACAGUCAGAGUUACUGUUGGAGUUUCUCACGGGAAAGGGAGACUGGAUGUGACGUACACUGGUUUCCUGUUUUUUCACUGUGUUUUUCUCUCCGAGCUGAGAGAGGAGAGAGGAUGCAUUUUCUGCUCCUGCAGAGGCAAGAUGUCUUUCUGUAAUAUACCAGCUUUGAACUGUAAAUAAAGCAAUACAGAGUAUGUAGCACGUAUUACUCAUCCUUCCGCUGGGCACGACAGACUCUGCUUAAAUCAACACCUUCAUCAUUAUAACAUUUUGUCAGCAAUUUAUCAUCUUAUUUAAAUUCUUAUAUCUCUUCGAUAUUUCAUGAUCUUAUAGUUCUCAUAAAGAGUUAAACUUUCACAGUUUUUCUUAUUUUCUUAAAAACUUCUAAGUUAAGUGGUGCUCAGUUAUUUAGUCUAGCAUCUUAUUCAGCAUUCAGUCAAAUCACAAUGUUUUUGUAGGUAGUUCUUAAAUUUCUUCCAAUCCUCCUCGAUUCUCUCUUCUCCCAGGUCUGCCAGUCAUUUCAGCCAGUUGCAUAUAGUCUAUCAGUUGCAUCUGCCAUUCUUCCAGUGUGGGUAGAUCUUGAGUUUUCCAAUGUUUUGCGAGUAGUAUCCUUGCUGCUGUUGUUGCAUACAUAAAAAUGUUUGGUCCUUCUUUGCCACCCCUUGGCUGACAAUACCCAAAAGGAAAGCCUCUGGUUUCUUAGUGAAAGUAUAUUUAAAUACCUUUUUCAAUUCAUUAUAAAUCAUUUCCCAGAACGCCUUCACUUUAGGGCAGGUCCACCAGAGGUGAAAGAACGUUCCUUCACACUCUUUACAUUUCCAGCACUUGUUAUCAGACAGGUGGUAAAUUUUUGCGAGUUUGACUGGGGUCAUAUACCAUCUAUAAAUCAUUUUCAUUACAUUUUCUUUCAAAGCAUUACAUGCAGUAAAUUUCAAUCCAUUACUCCACAGCCUUUCCCAGUCCUCAAACAUAAUAUUAUGCCCAAUAUCCUGUGCCCACCUUAUCAUAGCCGAUUUAACCAUUUCAUCUUGUGUAUUCCAUUCCAACAGCAAGUUAUACAUCCUUGAAAGUAUCUUAAUCUUUGGUUCUAACAAUUCUGUUUCUAAUUUCGAUUUCUCCACCUGGAACCCUAGUUUCUUAUCAUUUUUAAAAACUUCUUUAAUCUGAGCAUAAUGUAACCAAUCUCGCACUUUGUCUUUCAUUUUCUCCAAACUCUGCAAUUUCCAAUUGUCUCCAUCUUUUUCUAGUAUUUCCCAAUAUUUUGGCCAUUUGGCCUCCAUAUUGGGUCUUUUAAGGUGAAAGCCACCUUGGUGUUUUAUUUUCCAGCAAGUCUUUAUAUUUUGUCCAGACAUUAAACAGUGAUUUUCUAACAAUAUGGUUCUUAAAGGCCUUAUUUGCUUUAACUUUGUCAUACCAUAAAUAUGCAUGCCAUCCAAAAACAUUGUUAAACCCUUCCAAAUCUAACACAUCAGUGUCUUCAAGAAGUAGCCAAUCUUUUAGCCAGCAGAACGCUGCGGCUUCGUAAUACAACUUUAAGUCCGGCAGGGCAAAGCCCCUCUUUGUUUUGCAUCAGUUAGUAUCUUAAACUUAAUUCUGGGCUUUUGCCCUGCCAGACAAACUUCGAAAUGUCUCUCUGCCACUUCUGAAAGCACUCCAUUUUGUCCAAAACCUGAAGUGUUUGAAAUAAAAACAACAUUCUUGGCAAUACAUUCAUCUUAAUCGCAGCAAUUCGGCCUAACAAAGAAAGUUUCAAUUUUGACCAACUGUCUAAGUCUCUCUUAAUUUCUGUCCAACAUUUUUCAUAGUUAUCCUUAAAUAGACUUAGAUUUUUUGCUGUUAUGUUUACCCCUAGGUAUUUUACUUUUUAACCACAUUAAGUUCCGUCUCAUUCUGAAACCGUUCUGACUCUGUCUCAGUCAAAUUUUUUCCCAAAACCUUGGUUUUCUGUUUAUUUAAUUUAAAUCCCGCCACCCGACCAAAGUCAUUAAUCAAUUGUAAUACUCUUUUCGUACUAGGCUCUGGCUUCUGCAAGGUCAAAACCAGGUCAUCUGCAAAAGCUUUUAGUUUAUAUUGUUUCUGACCAACCUGAAUUCCUUCCACCAACUGGUCCCCUCUAAUCAUGUUCAAUAGCACUUCCAGAACCGAAAUAAAUAACAAAGGGGAGAUAGGGCAACCUUGUCGUGUCCCUUUUUCAAUUUUGAACUCUUCUGUAACCACAUUAUUAACUAUCAGUUUAGCUUUCUGUUCUGAAUAUAUCGCCUCAAUCCCAUUCUCAAAACCCCGUCCCACUCCCAUCUCUUUUAAGUUUCCCAUCAUAAAUUUCCAAGAAAUAUUAUCAAAGGCCUUCUCCGCAUCUAUAAAAAUUAAAACUGCUUUUGUAUUUAUAUCAGUUUGGAGAAGUUCCAAGAUAUCAAUAAUGUUCCUUGUGUUAGCAAACAGAUGUCUACCUGGGAGAAAACCGGCCUGGUCCUUAUGAAUUACUUCAUUUAAAACUUUUUUAAAUCUACUUGCCAGAAUAUCUGCAAAUAUUUUGUAAUCCACAUUUAAAAGGGAGAUGGGACGGUAGUUCUUCAGUUGUGUCUUUUCAGCUUCUGACUUUGGUAUCAAUGUGAUAAACGCUUCCUUCCACGAAUCCGGUGCCCUCUUCCCUCCAUAAUUUCAUUGCUAACCUCCAUCAAGGGUUGUAUCAAAUAGUCUUUUAGUGUCUUAUAAUACUUGGAGGUCAGCCCGUCUGGCCCUGGAGAUUUGCCAAGUUGCAUGUUCUGAAUAGCUUGUUCAAUCUCCUGUCGUGUUAUUUUAGAGUUCAGGGUUGUCCUAUUUUCUUGUGACAGUUUAGAUAAUCCAUUUUUUGCCAAAAAUUGUUUAAUCUCGACUUCGUCUUGCGGCCCUUGGGUAUAUAGUUUUUUAAAAUAUCUCUGGAAACACUUUCUAAUGUCCAAAGGAGGCUUCGCUUUCACUGCUGCCGGUGCUAGGGCUCUGGCUGCUGACUGAGCCCUCGCACCUCCAACCUCCAUAGGUUCCGCUCCUCCUCCUGGCGGAGGCGUGGAUUGCGCACGCGCUGCUUCUCUGGGAAGGAAGGAGGAGCCCCUGGCUGGUUCGCGCCCUCCACGCCCUUCGUCCCUGCUCCACGGACGUUCUUCCAGCCGCACCCCCACCGCCAGCGCCCUCUGAACGAUCUCCUGCGUGGUCCGGGUCUCUCCCCUCGCAAUUUCAUCUUUAACCGAGCCGUGCAAUCCCUCCCAAAACAGGUCUCUUACAGGAGCCGAAUCUCUGUCCCAUUCCAGAGCACUGACCAAAGCGAAAAAGCGGGCAUGGUACUGCCUUACGCUGGCCCUCCCUUGCUUCAGUCCAUGUAUCUGCUGCCGAGCAAGAUCCACGUCAAUGCUUGAUAAAAAGCACCCAUCCAUCGCUUUAAUAAAGGCAUCCGCAUUUUGGAGCGCCGGAUCCUUAUCUCUCCACAAAUUGCGCAGCCAUGCUUUAGCAUCUCCAUGCAAAUGGGACAUGAUGAAUCCCACCUUCUCUUGCUCAUCUCUAAAGUCUUUGUUCAGCAGUUGCAGUGCACACAUUACAUCUGCUCUAAAGUUGGGGUACUGUUGCAAAUUCCCAUCGAAGUGAGAGACCAGACCGCCUGUGACCUGGAGAUCCCUGUAGGCGGCAGCUGCGUCCUCCUCUCUCUUCCUGGAUGCAAGAGCCUCGGCAUUCAGUCGUGACACUGCUUCUCUGAGUUCCGCUAUCUGCUGUUCGGCCGUCAUAUUGUCUGCCGUUCGUGAGCUCGCUAGUAGGCACCCGCUUCUCUCCUCUCCGCGAGGCCGUAGAUGCCCACAAUUUAGGAGACGGAGCUUACUGUCAGAGCUGCUUCCAGAUCCUAGCUCACAGAGGAUCACGCUAGCCAGCGAUCAUUAAACAAAAGUCUUUAUUGAGUUACAGUUUCCAUUCUCAAGCUGCUGCGUGCAACUCUACGUCUCAUGCUUAGACCGGCGAAGCUCCGCCUGAGUCUCCGCCCCUUGUACACCAACUUAAUAUCCUAGCCCUGCUCCACCUUUUCCGCCUGACUGUUCUUCUCUGGGUCCCUCUGCCCCCGGGGUCUCUUCCUUCCGGGAUUCCUCUGACGCUGACGCUGACUCCCUGACUCUUCUCCCUCCUUUCGGCGGGCUUUGGGACCUGGCUCCCUUCCGGGCUGCCUACUGCGCCACCUUCCUGUGCAUUUGAACUUGCGCGCGCGCCCAACCUUCCACCUUCCGUCUGACCGUUUCUUCGCUCCCCGAUGGAGGUGUGGCCACCCUGACUCGUGCCCUCCCCUGUUGUGAGUUGCCAGCGCUUGAUCCCUGGCGCCCUUCCUCUUCCCUGCUCUCUGGCGGUGACGUUGGUCCCGAUUUCCAACUGCUCCCUCUGAGUCCCCUCUGGCUCUAUCUUCCUGGGGUGUCCCCCUAGGCUCCCCCCUUGCCCUGGCCACUGGUGCUCCUUUCUGUGAAUCUUCUGAUUCACUGGAAAGACUCGGAGAUCUCGGGUCGUCGUCAUCACUCAUCUUUUCUUCUGCCUCCUCCCCCUCGCUCUCUGUUUCCUCCCUUGCCCUUGCCUCUGCUCCUGAACCCCUGACACCAAUGAAAAGGCUUUAAAAAAUCUAUUCCAAUAAAAGAGAGGUCUUAUGGAACCUGCCCCAUUAAAAGAGGUCACAAGUUCUUGAAACCCUUCAAAUAAGGGUGAAAAGCCCAGGUAAAAAGAAAAAUUUUUGCCAGGUGCCUAAAAAUUAAUCAAAAUGGUGCUAGGUGAUCCUCCCUGGGUGGGACAUUCCCCAUAAGUGGGGAGCUACCACUGAAAAGGACCAUUCUUGUGUUUCCAGCUUCUGACCUCUUGUUGAUGGGGACCAUGGUGAUGGGUCUCAGAUGAUAGUUGCAGAUGACCUUUGUGGGGCACAAGCCUGGGCUGCCCAGAGGACAAGUCCCCACCCUUUCGGCCUUGGUGAUGUGGUGCAAAGGAAAGCAGAGCAAUACAUUUGGCUCUAGCUUGACUGCAGGAAUUGUUGGAAGGAGGCAUACAAGGCGCCAUCCAACCAUCUUAGGGACUCCACUCUGGAAUUGUGUAGGGUUUACUUCUUAGCUUUUUCUUCUCCUGAAGAUGUCCUGAAAGGCAGCAGCUACAGAUUUUUCCUCAGGGUUUGCUCCCAAAGCCUUUCUCAUGAAUCGAGUUUAGCCGCAAAGCAGUGGAGUGUAUAGGAUUACAGUGGUAGAAAAGGCACUCCCAAGUUGAGUUCUCCUUCUCUUCCACAACAUAUUGGAUUAUUUCCUCCAUGUUGUGAUAGCACAUGUUUUCCCCAUUCCUGCUAGUGGCAGCCCAUGGCGUGAAGGGAAAUAGAAUAUCAUGAUUUGGGAUAAGUGAUGCUACAUGUUAGUGGGAAAACACGAUGCAAGGAUGCUGUCUUCAGAAAAGGUCCCCUGACUGCUGUAACCCAUAGUUGUGCUCUUAAAAGCAACAGUUUUCUUGGUUUGUUUUUUCUUGUUUAAAUGAUGGCAGUAUGCAAAACACAUGAUCCAAGCAGCUUUGAACAAAUGGCCUUCAUACCUGAUAAAUGCAAGGUGGCAUGGGGCUGAAUACUGAGGAAGUUUGCUAGGGAUGUUGCAACAUGGCAGAUUAAAAAAUCCUUUAGUGCAGAUUGCCUUUCUGCCUUGGGGAAAGGCUAUUUAGAACAGAGUUUCUACCCUGGAGAAGAUCAGAAUGUGUGAAAGAGAAAAAUGACAAUGCUUGGUUGUGUUUAGCUCAUUGGUUUGGAUUGGGGCAUCAAAAUAGAGACUGGUUUAGUCAAAUUGCAGUUACCAGAGUAUUUUUUGAAAACAGUUGUGAUGCCUGAGGGAUGUCAUCAUGGGUGCAUCAGCUGGUGCUGUCAGACAUUUUCAGCACCUGUACUAGUAUUUCUGAAGGUAUCUGAUUACUGUGGAAACAAAUGCAAUGACCAGGUUUAAUUUUGAAUUGACAUUUCAUACAAAAAUAAAACAAUAGCUGUGAAGGAUCUGCUUUAGCCUGUUAGACAGGAAAUCAUGAGAUUAAUCUAGUACUUGUGUGUAUUUUCUUGGAGGUAAUCUCCAUAGAGCUCAGUCAACCUGACUCUCAUGUAUUGUGCAUAAUAUUGUAGAAUUUAACAAAUAAUUAAGUUAUUAGUAUUAAAGAUAUAAGUAACAAAACAGACUUAAAGCACCUGGGGUUUAUUUAUUAGAACUGAAUUCCAAUUAUCCAGUAAUUAAAAGGUUCCUGUUUGACAGUCCAAGUCACUAUGUUUUCUCCUUCUGCCUAUCCUUUGUAGAUUUGCUUAUGAAUUCUAUAUAUGAUCUGUGUUUGAGAAGAUGUGAUGUAUUUGCACUUAAUUUUUAUUUAUAUUGUAACUGAACUAUGGUGUGAGCAGGCAAUGGCUUAGAUCUCAAGAUCUAUUAGUUAUUUGUGGCUGAGAGGGAUUUGACUUCUGUUUUGGCUUAAAUGUUUCCCCCCACCUGCCAUGGCCUUACAGGAUAUACCAUUUUUAAAAGCGAGAGCAGUUUUAAAAGCAGUUUGUUUGAUAUGGUGUGGCAUCACAAUAACCCUGUAAAUCAUUGUUUUUAAAUGCUACUGGUCCUCUCAGAGCCCUUUGUAUCUCAGCCAGUGUUGCAGCAGAUAGAAAUUGUAGUGUAUUUUACUGUUCCUUCAAGUGCAUUAGAAAUUCUUUUUCUAUCCUGCUUGUGAAAAAUGUGAGGUUUAGCAAUGCUUCUGAGAACAUUGAAGAGGCCCUCCUGGAAACUAUGUCAACUCUCUCAGGAAUAUAGCUAUAAUUUUAUGAAAAAUGCUUCUCACUCCAUAGAGAUAUUGGAGCUUUUGUGCAGGAUUUAAUAGACCAUAAUAUUCCUUUGCCAAAUGGUGGUAAAAUGGUGAUUUUCACUGAAAUUUCAUAGAGAAGGGGUUUUGAAAGCAUUUUUAAAAGUGUCCUUUUGUCUCCAUCUUUGUUACAUUCGUUCUGUUUACGCAAGAACUUUCUAGAGUGGCUUCUAUAUUCAUUUGCAAAGGUGAACAUACUCAAAUAGUUAACAUUUUGUCCUCCAAAUAAUGGAAUAUAAUGGUGUCCGUUUUCUGGGUUUUUGCUUUUAGAAUGUACUAGUUUUUCCACCUGCCUGCACAGUGGGGUUUCUAGAGUCUCUUCUUCCUCCAGGAGAGGAGGACAGUGAUUUAUGGGCUUUGGCGCUGCCUGCAAGGCAGGGAGGGGGAAAAAGUAUGGUCAGAGCCAUCAGAGAUGGAGAUGAGCACACAGGACAUGCCAGAGGAAGAGGCUGUUCAGGGGAAUGACAGCCUAGUCAAAUCCCCACCAUCCCUCGCGCCUCUGUCUCCUAGAGCCAAGAGGGGCCUGAAAAGGGAAGAGCAGCGAGGGCUUCCAUUUAGGAGAAGUCUCAGGUUGCUUGCAUGCACCCCGCCAGAUGAGAGUGCAGAAGUUGGAGGGGAAUGUGGUCCCACUGUUGCAGCAGCUGCUCUGCAGUUACCACUCACUAUACCGACAAGACAUCUUAUCCCCAACCCACCAAUUAUUACAAAGCAAGCUUUUGGUGUAUAAAAACUCAUAGGGUGGAAUACAACAUUGCACUCUUCUCAUUGUUCUAUCUGCGCAAGCACUGCAGCUUGCCAGAUGGAACGAUUCCUCUUCCUCUCCCUGCUUACGUGCUAUUUUAGGGUUGCUCCAAGCCCCCACAAGCCAAUUUUGGGGUGUGGGGGGAGGAAAGCCCCAUUGCGCAAGCGGGCGUCCUUGCACAGAGCUUCCACUGAUGUGACUGGUUAGGUGAAUCCCGCUCAUGGCAGCAAUUAAGCAUAAUUUACAACCAGCCUAUUUAUCCCCCUCCACCUAGGGCAAUCUAGUAUCAAACAAGUGUUAGCAAUUUCACUCCUCCGAUGCUGCAGAUGAGAUUGUUGUAAAUCACAUGCCUGUCUGGGACAAGUGUGGGGAACAGAAGACAGUCUUAUGUCUUCCUCUGUAAUGUACUUUCACUUUUAUUUGUUCUGUUUGUUCUCUCGGAGCUGGAGAGAACGGACGCCAUUAUGCUUUUGUCUGUACAUAAUGUGUAAAUAAAUAGUAAAUUAGCUCUACGAUGUCUCACUCUUCUUGCUGAGGAAGUGCCAGAAGCUUAGUGUGCAUAUAUCAUUCUGGGGAAAAUGGCUUUGGCAGUCCCACCCACCAUUGAACCCAGUGUGUUUUGACUAUACAGUGGUACCUCGGGUUACAUAUGCUUCAGGUUAUAGACUCCGCUAACCCAGAAAUAGUACCUCGGGUUAAGAACUUUGCUUCAGGAUGAGAACAAAAAUCGUACAGCGGCGGCGCAGCAGCAGCAGCAGGAGGCCCCAUUAGCUAAAGUGGUGCUUCAGGUUAAGAACAGUUUCAGGUUAAGAACAGACCUCCAGAACGAAUUCAGUUCUUAACCGAAGGGACCAUUGUACAUUAUUUUGACUUUAGGCGCAAUCCUUGGAAUGUAACCCCUAUGUAAAUUGCGGGCUUCCUGUGAUCUAUACCUGUUCAGUUUCUCAUUUUUAAAGCUAGUAGUUGAUCUUUUAUCAGCAUAAGUGACUGGAUAGGUACUGAAAUAUACACUUUCGUAGCCAAAGCACGAAAUAUGGUUGGUUUAUGCCAAAGGUUAUAUAGUUGAUCAUGGUUCUUGCAAUGUGAGGUUGUGUUGUCAUGAACUUUGAAGAUUAUGUUGUGAAAAUAGUGAGUCAGGAGCUGGAAUUCAUUGACACAUUCCAAACAUGACCUUCUGUUAUCUUGGUAUGUCCUCUCAGAAAGUGUUUAAGAAUCUCUAGAGGCCAUUCCACUUAUGCAACAGCAAACCUAGCUACUAGAAGUUCCUGUUGAUACAUUUGUGCAUUUGUGUGCGCACAUCUGUGAGGUGCAUUUAAAGCUUUAGACUUCCUAUUGUGCCUGGAACAAUAGAAGUUAAAUGCAGCCAGGCUCAUGACAUGAGGCAAAAUUACUGGAAGGUAUAAAUUAAUCUGUAAGGGCAAAAGGAAAAUUGGCAGGUAUUUCUGCGGUAUUGGACAGCACUAAUGAGCUCUGGCUUAGAAUGAAAAGCUUGCACCGGGUGAGAGUUGAAAAAUGUGAAGUAAUUAGGCUUGGCUUUUGUACCACAGGAAAGAAACCAGCAACUAGCAGGGGGAUUUAAUUAUAAAAUACAGAAGGGAAGAAAGAGAUUGAUGUCAGUAAGCUUUGUGUGAUUGUAUUAGACUAAUGGAACAAGAGGUCACUGCCUGAUUUUUGUUUCUGCUUUAGUCUGGACGAAAAAAGUUUUCAAGGGGCUAGUUUAAAUGAAAGUGUAACAGACCUGGAUGUGGGAGUGAUGGAAUACUGUAAUUUAGGAAUGAAACAUGUAUAAUGCAGCCAUAAAAGGUAAAGGGACCCCUGACCAUUAGGUCCAGUCGUGACUGACUCUGGGGUUGUGGCGCUCAUAUUGCUUUAUUGGCCGAGGGAGCUGGCGUACAGCUUCCGGGUCAUGUGGCCAGCAGGACUAAGCCACUUCUGGCGAACCAGAGCAGCGCACGGAAACGCCGUUUACCUUCCCGCCGGAGCGGUACCUAUUUAUCUACUUGCACUUUGACGUGCUUUUGAACUUCUAGGUGGGCAGGAGCUAGGACCGAGCAACGGGAGCUCACCCCAUUGCGGGGAUUUGAACCGCCGACCUUCUGAUCAGCAAGUCCUGGGCUCUGUGGUUUAACCCACAAUGCAGCCAUAGUGGCCUCCAAAUGUUGUUGGACUACAGCUGUCAUCCUCCUUGACCAUUGACCUUCUCGACUGGGCUGAUGGGAGUAGGAGCCUAAUAUCAUCUAGAGGGCACUAGGUAGACAACAUCAACAUCCAUCAACUACACCCACACUCACUUACAGACUCACUGUUAAGACCGUGUUCAUGGAAGACAAUCUUACUUGGCUACGAGUGAUCGCCAAAGAAGAAUAAAGAAGAGUAGGUAGAGAAAGCGCUGUAGUACACAGUUCUGCGAUUAACACCUGAACUAUGUUUUUGGCCUGGCAUUAAUUUCAGUGAAAUAUCCCUGAGUGACCAAGCUUGUAAUUGGACAUCAAAGAGUAGCUCCCACAUACCCUCCUCCCCACCCCCAUCCCGGUUACUUCUAGUAAUAUAAACCACUUGGUCACACCAUUGCUUUUUCCAGCCUGUGCUCAGCUAAUUUAAUGAGGCAGGGAGAUUUGUAGUACAGUGAUGUCGCCUCACAUAUUUUGCAUUACUGGAUAUCUUUUGUGGGGUGGGGAGAGGAGGCAACAGCAUAGGGCUGUUUGUUGGAGGAGGAGGAGCUAUACAUCACCAGUAUCAUCUAGUCUGGCCUGAAACCUGGUGACCAAAUCUUUGCUAGCAAAUCCUCCUGAAUCCUAAGGGUGUGUGCAUUUGUGAUGGGCACAGAGUUACUUGAGGUACAAUAUUAGAUGGUGGCUUCAAGGAUGGCACCUGAUUUGAUGACCGAUCAGGAUGCCUGAUGUGAUUUCCUUGUUGCCAUUGUCUCACCACUGCCUUUCCUUACCCUUCUUCAGGAAGUCAGCCUGAAGACGUGAGGACAAAAAUUGGGCAGGGCAUGCGUCCAUCCUUCUUGGGCGUGUCUGCUUCUAACCUUUUGUUGUUUAGUCAUUUAGUCGUGUCCGACUCUUCGUGACCCCAUGGACCAGAGUACGCCAGGCACUCCUGUCUUCUAACCUUACCUUUCUGCUUUGGGUGGGAAAGUAUGGGAGAGCUUCUAAAUGCAUCCUACCGAUCAUGCCUAGAAGUCCCCUUCCAACCUUUGUGCUAAAGAUGUGAAGGUUGGGUGUGUCGGGGGUAGCAUACACUGAGAUGUUGUAGGUUUAGCUUGCACUGAGCCCCCAACACACGCCUAGCCCUUGUGCGUUCAGACUGAAUCUCUAAAGAGGGCACUUGUAUUGCGGCAUGUAUAACCCCUGUUAUCCAUUUGGUAAAGGUUUUGUAGAUAGCAAUAGUGCUGAUUUACAUUGCUGUACUAGUUAGAAAGACUUAGAUCAGCCUACAGCCCUAGUGCAGCACUGCAGGUUGUAAUGUUGCACUGGUACAGUGGUACCUCGGGUUACAAACACCUCGGGUUACAAACACUUUGGGUUACAGACUCCGCUAACCUGGAAGUAGUAUCUUGGGUUAAGAACUUUGUCCCAGGAUGAGAACAGAAAUCGUGCGGUGGCGGCACAGCGGCAGCGGGAGGCCCCAUUAGCUAAAGUGGUACCUCAGGUUAAGAAUGGUUUCAAGUUAAGAACGGAACUCCAGAAUGAAUUAAGUUCGUAACCAGAGGUACCACUGUACCUAUAGUACCCCAGAGGUACUAUAGCAGUGUCUGUACUCUACUGUAGGCAUUUAUUUUUCAGUGCAGUAGCUCACAGGACCAGAUAGCGAACUUUUUUGUGAAAGCUUUUGUAAAAUGAGUGAGGAGGUAACGUGGUGGAAGUUGGUGCCAUUUUAUCAUUCCUUGGUUGAGUGAGUGAAGUGAUGACCCAAUAAAUCAUUGUGCUUUGGCUGAUAAGCCACCAGGUGCUCAGCUUGUUCCACUGCAUCCACUCUCUAACACUUGCUUAUGUUGCAAAAAAAGAAAAUGGGGAAAUUUAUACAUAUUUUGCACUUAUGCUCAAACUCUGCUUUUAAUAUGGGCCCUGAAUCUUUAAAGUGUUGCAGGAGGACUUAAUUAUGUUUUUGUUGUAAUAGACUAGAUUGGGAAUUCAGUUUUUGCUUGUGUGGUCAGAUAUAACGUUACUUUUCAGAUCUUAGUCCAGCUUUCAGUGAAGAAGCAAUGAUUGUAAUUCUUCUAUUUUUAAAAAGCCAUUAUCGCUAUUCUAAUGCACCAGUGGUCUGACAGAUUAAAGUAACAAAGUUGCAUACUUGCCCAGAAUUAAGAGUACUGUAUUUCACCAAAGUGAAGUUGAUUUUUCUCCUUUUCUCUUAAUUAAGGCAAAAGUAGAUUAUGAAAAAGAAGAGCGACGCAAAGAACUGAAGCGACUGCGAGGGGAGGAUACAUGGAUGCUGUCUGAUGUGAAUGAACGUUUAGAGGAAUUGGGAAAGGUGAUGUUUGUCACACCAACUAAUAAAUACUUGUGAUUAAUGUGUAAUGACUAUGCUAAAGCAGCAUCAUAUAAAAUGAUGCUGUUUUUGGCAUUGCGGUUGUAUUCAUUUGUUCUGUAAAAAGGCUUUCACUUGUUCCUGUUGCAAAGGUAUGCAGAUAGGUAACAAUGGUUUAAAGGCAAAUAUCAAACGUGCUUAACUGUCUGUUUCCUGAUAGGUAACCAACUAAAACUAAAUUAUACCACCUGCUGAAAUUCUCAGUGACUUCAGGAUGAAAAAGAAAGUUUCACUAGAUUUCAAAUUAAAACACCAACAGUAUAAUAAUAGUAAAAACAAUGGAUCAAAAAGUUCUUGGCUAAUGCCAAAACAAGCAUCACUUACAUAAGAGCCUCUCUAUUCAUUAUUGUCUAUUAUAUCUCUGAAGCCAGAGGCAUCUGGGGAAGGCCAUCUGAAGAAGAUAUUAAGGACCAUGUGAUUCAUAUAGGAGAAGAUGGAGGCUUCUUUAAACAGUAGAUUAAUAUUUUAAACAAAUCUUCUGCAAGAUCCUUUUCUGUGAUGGCCCCAUCUUUGGGUAUUUCCAUUUACAGGAUGUAUGUAACUGUUUUUAACUGUUUUUAAAUGGGUUGCUUGUAUAUACCUGCAUGAGCUUUAAGACUGACACCUGAACCCCCAAGAUCUCCUGGAUUGAAGUUUCCCGCUUCAUCGGAACAUAUGUAUAAUUUCUCACAGAAGGCAGCUGUGGACUCUCUUCUAGCUUCUCGUUUAACUUUUCAAAACUGUGUUAAUCUCUGCUAAUCUAAUCUGGGAUACGAUUCAGGAAAUCUCAUCAUAACAAUUUGAAGCUUCUGGAAAAAUGGUUGCACAGCUACAACUUAUAUCAACAUACAGUGGUACCUUGGUUCUCAAACUUAUUCUGUUCCGGAAGUCUGUUCCAAAACCAGAGCGUUCCAAAACCCAAGGCGCGCUUUCCCAUAGAAGAUAAUGCAAAAUGGAUUAAUCCAUUCCAGAUUUUUACGAACAAUCCCUAAAACAGCAAUUUAACAUGAAUUUUACUAUCUAAUGAGACCGUUGAUCCAUAAAAUGAAAGCAAUAAAGAAUGUACUGCAGUCACACAGUCAGUCAAUCAGUAGCUGAACUGGGUUCCACACAGUCGCAAAAACAAAAAGAGCCGCAGAAAUAAAAACGCAAAAUAAAUAGCAAAAGCAGACAGAUCUCAGUGUAACAUUCAAAACGGAAGUGUGUAACUCAAAACGGAGCACAUUUGGCUUCUGAAAAAAGUUCGCAAACCGGAACACUUACUUCCAGGUUUGCAGCGUUCAGGUUCCAAGUUAUUUGAGUACCAAGGCGUUUGAGAACCAAGGUACCACUAUGUAUGUUUAUUUCACAUGUAGAUUCAUAUUGCUAUUUCAUAAAAUAAGGUGUGCCUUAUUACUUCAAGUCUUGUAGCCUGACGUGUUGAUAUUGGUGUUUCUUUAGGAACAUUCUGUUAUCAAAAAGAAGAAAAAGGAGAAGCGUUCAAAAAAACAUAAAAAAGAAAAGAAGAGCAAGAAGCAUAAAGUUGAAAAAAACAAUGAUUCAUCGGAUAGCACCUCUGUAAGUUUUAAUAAUCUGAGUCACCAGUAGGUCGAAAGCUAUUGCCACCAGUAUUUGACAUUGUCGCUCUUAUAUUUUUUAUGUACUUCUAAAGGACAAAUAUGUUGUACGUUUAAAGUACUAUUGCCAGUACAAUACAACAUAAAUCCCUUUUAAAACAAAGAGUGUGGAUUCAGUCUCCGCUGUAACUGGAUAGCAUCUGAAUUAAGGCAAGUGCCAGUACUGGUAGCAUUUUGGUGUCUCCUAAAAACCUUAAUCUCUUGGGCCUUUGCUGGGCAUUGAUACCAGUUGGGUGCAAUAAGCAUAUCUGUUUGGGCUUAAAGUUGCCUGCAAUUUUUUAUUUUGUAAGAAAGUUUUAAUACGAUCUUAAUGUAUUUUUCUACACCAAGAGAGCGCUUUCUCUGUUGUCAUUAUAAAUCCUCUCAAACUCAACACCAGUGGCAGAUACAAUUUGUUCAGCGAAUUGACAGAAAGUUGAGUUCACAGCAGUACAUCAUCGAGUUAGCACUCAUUCCUGCUCACAUUUGCGGGCGUUUCUGGAAGAAGCAGAAAUAAGAGGCAAAUUCCUCACUGUGUCUCUCAUCACAUCUCUGUAGUAGCCUCAGCACAGAUGUCAGUUAGCCAUUAGAUAUGUUGUCCUGCCAGGCAGAAUGAUGAUGGUGGUGCUUUUAGUGGGAUGCUUGGGGAAGGAAAAUAUUUUUUCAAAUUUAUUGCUUCUACUGACGCAUUUUCAGUGGCUGUGAUCUGUACCAUAGUGCUGCUCAGGGGAAACAUCAUACAAAAUUAGAGCAUGUGUUUUGCAUGUGCAAGGUUCUAGGUUCAGUUCUUGGUAUCUCUAGUUAAUGGACCUCAAGUAAGCAGAAGACCAUUGGAGAACUACUGCCAGUCAGACUCCAUUAUAUUUGGCUAGUUUCACCACUGGUUUGACUUUGUGUAAGGCAACUCCUUAUAUCUGAUGGCCAGGAUGCUUUCUCUUAGUCUGUGAAUUUACUUUGAUCUGGUCUUAUUUCAGUGUUUAGGUUCUUCUCAUAUAAAAUCGGGGGUUGAAUCAACAAUGCUGUUAUAUUUGUAGUGUUUUAAUUCAGUACUGUUCACUAUGAAAAUUUUCACAGAUUUUUUAAAAGCCCAUUAAAUAUAAAAUGUAACAUAAAUCAGGAACUAUGGAGAGACCUGGUCUUAAUAGAGAUGUUGGAUUCCUCAUCUGCAUACUAUCCCUUACUUUUUUCUGUAGGACUAAUUGCUGUCAUUAACAGUCAUCAACAGGUUUACCAUACCCAUUGAGUCCAUCACCCAUCUCCUACUAUCCUCCUGAGAAAAACCCCACCCCACCCUCCCACUAUAUAUAAGGGUCUGGUGACUUCUGUUUCAGUGUAUCUGAAGAAGUGUGCAUGCACACGAAAGCUCAUACCAAGAAGAAACUUAGUUGGUCUCUAAGAUGCUACUGGACAUUUUUUUUUAUAAUGUAUUUUGACAUUUUAAAAAACAUCAAUAUAAAACUGUAGCAUCAAAGAUAUGCAAAGCACAAAAACAUAUUCUUAAAACUCGGAAGACUGGGAAAAUUAAAAGGGCUUCACAUGAUAGCAAAAUACUGCAAUUGAGACACCAGGUGAGUCUCUCUAGGGAGGCUAUUCAAUAAUUGUGCUACCCUUGAAAACAUUAUUUCCUCCCAUCUUGCCUCUUUUGGCAGGGACACAUAGAAGAGGGCCUCAGACGAUGGUCUUACGGUCUGCAGGCAUAAAUGGAAAGACAAGAGUCUUCAAGUGACUUGGCCCAAACGGUUUGAUUAGGUUUCUCUCCUGAAUGCCUUCUUAAUUCUGCCCCCAUCUCAUUUAAAAGAAAAGAAUUGAAAUACAGUAUUAAUGUUGCCUUUUCUCUCCUCACCCCCAUUCUAUAGUGCUAUAAACCCAGUUUUGUAAGAAUCAGAUGAUACUGGGAAAACCUGCCUCAUUUUUAAGAGGUCAUUUUAAUACAGGAAAAAUAUACAUACAUCAUUAUUCUUUGAAACAGUGGGUUCAGCGUUCAGUAGUCUGCAAUCUUAUUUAGCAUUGUAUUAAUGGUGAUGGCAUCCAAGCUAAUAAAUUGGUCCUGCUUUUCUUUUUGAAAAAAAUUGCUUUAAUGCAUCUCAGCCAUUCCUGACUCAGACACCUUUUAUCUGCAUGUCUCCUGCUCGUGAAUGCAUGUAAUGCCACCUCAAUUCUAUUAAUCUGAAAUUUCUUUCUACUUCCCUUUUUCUUCAUGACAUAAGGUAGCCCUCUGAAAGUCUGUCACUGUUUCUUUUUUAAACUGGACUGAUUUGAAAGGCAUAAAGACCUUUUCAGUCCUCUACAAAUUUUCUAUUUACACCCCGCCUCCCCAAUUUGUCUUUAGGAUUCAUCGGAGGAAUGGGUGGAGGCUUCAGUUUCACAGUCUUCGAACACAGAAAAGGCCUGGAACGUGAGCAAGAAAGAAUCAGAUGAUUCAGGAAGUCCCAAGGCAGUUCAGGUAAGCACCUGUGGUUAACUGUUCUGAAGUAUUUAGGAUUUCUUUUAAGACUUAAGGCUGAAACAGGUGGUGGUUUUCUUAACUUUCAGGGGAGUGAAGAGUUUUUUUGGAUUGGAGAGUAGGGAUUUUAAUGCUUUUCUUCAUGGCACUCAUCCAGUUUAUAUUAUCCAUCCAGGAGCUGCACUCAAAGAAUAAGGCAGGGAACCCACAUUCUUUUCUCUGCAGCUAUGAGCAGGUUUAAAAGGUGAUGGGUGAUGGUUUAAAUCAAGAAAAUGUCACGGGAGAGCAGAAGGCUCAGUCCCUCCCUUUGGACUACCCCUGAGUUUCUUUCUUUAUUAAUUAAAUUUCUAUCCUGCCCUUUCUCUCAAAGGAGCCUAUGGUCGGUAUAAUUAAAAAUAAAAUACAGACGUGUUUAAAGCAUUUAAAAACAGUUGCACAUUCUCUCAGCUAGCUAGUAAUUUCAAGCUAGCCGCCAAAUGCCUGGUUGAACAGGAAUCAUAGAAUUGUUGAUUGGAAGGGAUCCUGAGGAUCACCAAGUCCAACCCCCUGCAGUCCAGGAAUAUGCAGCUGCCCAUACAGGGAUCAAACCUGCAACCUUCCUGUUAUCAGCACCACACUGUAGCCAGCUGAGCUAUCCAGGUGCUGUUUUUUAAACUUCUUCUGAAUUAAUAAUAUGGGGGACAGGUGUACCUUACCAGGGUGGGUGCUCCACAAAGGGGGGGACUGUCAUGCAAGUGUAAGCUUUUUCUUAGCUGAAUUAUUUUCUGACCAGUUAUAUAUUUAUUAGAGUUAUUUCUAUGCAGUAGAAAAAUAUCUAGUAGCCUAAUUGACUCGAUGCCAACAAAGGUCCGUAUAGUUAAAGCUAUGGUUUUCCCAGUAGCGAUGUAUGGAAGUGAGAGCUGGACCAUAAAGAAGGCUGAUUGCCAAAGAAUUGAUGCUUUUGAAUUAUGGUGCUGGAGGAGACUCUUGAGAGUCCCAUGGAUUGCAAGAAGAUCAAACUGAUCCAUUCUUAAGGAAAUCAGCCCUGAGUGCUCACUGGAAGGACAGAUCCUGAAGCUGAGGCUCCAAUACUUUGGCCACCUCAUGUGAAGAGAAGACUCCCUGGAAAAGACCCUGAUUUUGGGAAAGAUGGAGGGCACAAGGAGAAGGGGACGACAGAGGGCGAGAUGGUUGGACAGUGUUCUCGAAGCUACUAACAUGAGUUUGACCAAACUGCGGGAGGCAGUGGAAGACAGGAGUGCCUGGUGUGCUGUGGUCCAUGGGGUCACGAAGAGUCGGACACGACUAAACAACCAACAACAACUAUCUGCUGUCCAUUCUUGCUCCAGGGUUUUUUUUGGGGGCAUAAUUGCUCUCUAGGUUUCUCUGCUGCUUUAUCAUGUGAACUUUUCACUCAAAGUUUGCUAAUUUAUAUGAAUUUUUAUUCCUCUAGGCACUUGUGGCUAGUGGUUGAUGAUUCUCUUUCUAUAAUUUCAAAUGCUCUUUCUGGCUUCACUGAUCUGGACAGGCUGUAAAGGUUGAGUUUUGACAACUAAGCAAAAAUCUUCAGUCCAGGGGUUCACCCAAGCACUUGUUGGUUUGCAAAUUCACACCAAGUUGAUUCUCUGCAAUUAAAUUUUGCAGUUCAUCCUCAAGAGUUCAUAAUUAAUCAGUUGGUCUAGGAUCUAGGGGUCUUAGUAGACCCCAAGCUUAACAUGAGCCAACAGUGUGAUGCAGCAGUAAAAGAAGCUAAUGCUGUUCUAGGUUGCAUCAACAGAAGUCUAGUGUCCAGAUCAAGGGAAGUAAUGCCACUGUAUUCUGCCGUGGUCAGACCACACCUGGAAUACUGUGUCCAGUUCUGGGCACCACACUUUAUGAAGGAGAUUGACAAGUUGGAAUGUGUUCAGAGGAGGGCAAACAAGAUGAUGAUCUAGGUUCUGGAAACCAAAGAACGGCUAAAAGAGCUGGGUAUGUUUAGCCUGGAAAAGAGGAGACUCAGAGGAGAUAUGAUAGCUGUCUUCAAAUAUCUGAAGGGCUGUCACAAGGAAGAGGGAGCAAGCUUGUUUUCUCCUGCUCCAGAGAGUAGGACUCAAACCAAUGGCUUCAAGUUACAAGAAAGAAGAUUUUGACUAAACAUCAGGAAGAACUUUAUGCUAUAAAGAGCUGUUUGACCAUUGAACAGACUUCCUUGGGAGGUUGUGCAUUAUCCUUCCUUGGUGGUUUUGAAGCAGAGAUUGGGUGGCUAUCUGCCAUCUAGUCCAGCCCCCUGCAAUACAAGAAUAUCAGCCAGCCUCUGCUUCAAAACCUCUGAGAGAGGAAACUGGUUUCCAUAAGAAACUGACACUGCCUUUUGGAGAAGGGAACAAACGCCUUGACUCAGCUAGGGAACAUUCCUGCAGAGCUUGCAAGAUUUUGGAACUCAAGUUAAAAUAUUUGUUUUGGCAAGUUUUAGAGCAGGCUAGGGUUAUUUCAUUCUGUGGUAUGGGUUUUUGAUUCUGAAUUGAUUGCUUUUAUACUUGUUGUGUUGUGAUGCCAAGCUUUUGCAAAAAUUGGAAUGUUAAUUACAGUAACAAGUGGGAGUAAGGGAAGUAUAGAUACUGAAACUCUACCUAAAUGGAACGUUUGCCUAAGGAUGGAGACAGAUCCAAGUUAGCAGCUGGAUUUUAUAUUUUCAGAAUUGGGAGAUCAAUUGUUGCUCCUCCAUUUUUGAAAAUGUAAAUUCCAGUAACUAAUUCAGAUUUGUUGCCAGCGAUCUUUGGGGAAGUUCUAGGUGAAAUACCACACCUGCAUAACAUCUAGUAGACUGUAAUUUGAAUGUCUGCUAUCUCCUCUCACAUUCCAUCUUAAGGUGACCACUAAAUGCACCCUCCAUGGUUUCAACACCAGCCAGCUUUUCUCCUCUUCCCUCUCACAACAUCUUCUGAGAGUCCAAAAAGCUUGCACACAAUUUUGUGACAAGAUUAUUUUCCUAAUAGAGGUAUCGCUGUAAUGUGGAUUUACAUUUUAUUGUAAAUCCAAAUGCAUUCUUGCUGCACCUUCCCUGUUCUGCUUACUUGCUGCCCCCCUCUGUGUCAGGAGUGCAUCAUCUUGUCUGUCUGGUGUGGCAGGUGCUACUGUACAGCUGCCAGUAUCAUCCCAUUCAUUUUAUUUUUGUCCUAGGCUUCUGAAAUUGCUUUUCUUGAAAGGCCUUCAACCCGGCCCUUGACACUGUAGAUACAAUUUUGUGCUUCCAAAUGAAGGCGCAGAUAAAUAUGUACACUAAUUGGAACCACUUAAUGGUCCAUCUGAUGUCUGGGCACAGUUUUGAGUAGCUACGUGUCAUGAAAGCUCUGUAGUGCACCUGUGACCCAUGAUGGAUGAUGCAUCUGCCAAAUUGGCCUGGACACAUACUGAAGCUGUGUGCAAAGAGAGCCAUUUAUUUUUCAGCACUCUUGGGUUUAGGGAUAUGCAAAUUCUCCUGGAGGAAUGAGUUACAAAAUAUAAGACCCAAAUGGAGGAAAUGAAAAAUCCAUAUUAUUAAUCUUGAUAUGAAUUUGCAUAUGUUCUCACUCCCACAUGUACCACCACACAGAAACACACACACACACACACACACACACACACACACACUCACUCACUAUGUUAAAAAGUAUGAAAACAAAGAAUAUUAGAGGAAUCUUGUCUAUAAGACCUUUUAAUGAAAUUCCUAUUUUAUGUGUACCAAAAAAAAGUAUUCAAAGUAUCGACCGAGCAUUCUGAUUUCAACAUCACUAAGUUUGGCUUUGACUCCCAAAAAAAGUCUCAGACUAGGUCAUUACUGAAUUUGAGUUGGUCAUAAUGUGCAAGAAAUUAUCUUGUUUUAUUUACAGAGGGAUGAGUGGAUGUCCUUGGAUUUUAUGUCUGUGAAAACAUUGUCUUCAGCAGCACUGAAGGCUGAAAAGCAAAUGGAAAAAUUACUGGAGAAACAGAAAGCGCAAGAAGAUCAACAGGUAUGUUAGGUUCUUAACUAGUGUAGUGUUAUGAGAAACUAGUAAUAGUGGUAAGCUUAUGGUACUUAUUAGCUGCCUGAAAUAAAAAUUGGAUUUCUUCAAGUAGCAGCCUUCCAUUUUGGGACUUUGGCUGUUUUUUAUUGAACAUUAGCAUCAGGCAUUGCUCUGCAAAAUAAGUCAUUGGUUCUUUGACUAACUUUCAGUAGACAAUUUUGGUUGGCAACCUUUAUACUUCUUAAAAUGUUUAAAACAGCUCCCCACGGGCCCUAAUCAAACUUGUCCAACAAUCCUGAUUAUUUACUUGUUCUAUAUUGGGUUUCCAUUUUGGUGUCUAAAACAUAUCAAUCAUGUGGUAAGAAUAUUAGCAAAGCACUCUAUCAUUUAUAUCAAGAUAGUUUAAGUAAACCAAUUGUUCAUUUACCUUUUAUUUGAAUCUUCGGUACUGCAAAGAAGUGAUUGGAUCACCCCCACCCUUAUUUAAUGCAUUACAGGUUUGAUGAAGCUAAAGCACUCUCCAUUUUCAGUUCAGUUAGGGAAUUUUAUAUUUUCAAAAUGCUAUUGAUAGUUUUGAAUAAAUUAAGAAUCUUUAUUGCUUAAAGUCACAGGCUAUCACAAUAGCAAACAAUCAUUUUGACUCAUUCAAAAAAUAAAUAAAUAAAGGAAACAAAACACACACACACACAGGAAAAAUAGAAAACAGAAAAAUAGUGUUCUCUCCAAUACAGAUCAUAUGUAGAGUAAGGUCUAUAGGUAUUUAAAAGUGCCAUCAAACAAAAGGACAUAUCCCAGCUACCCACUUCCAGGGUUUUUGAAUCCUGGCUCAUAUUUUCUUAGCUGUAAGAGCAAAUUUUGUUUUUUUGGGUGGUAAAGUAAAGUAAAGUUGGGUGGUAAAGUAAAUGUGGCCAGCAUGACUAAGCCGCUUCUGGCGAACCAGAGCAGUGCACAGAAAUGCCGUUUACCUUCCCGCUGGAGCGGUACCUAUUUAUCUCCUUGCACUUUGACGUGCUUUCGAACUGCUAGGUUGGCAGGAGCAGGGACCGAGCAACAGGAGCUCACCCCGUUGCGGGAUUCGAACCGCCGACUUUCUGAUCGGCAAGUCCUAGGCUCUGUGGUUUAACCCACAGUGCCACCCGCGUCCCUAGUGAACACAUAUUUGCCUGCAGGCAAAAUACAUAUCUGGUCCAGGAGGGCUCAAUAUGACAGGCACCAAAGGACACAAUUAAGGAAUUUGUGCCUAUGGUGCUCAUAUAAAAGACCACUUAGUAGCAGUAGUGGCUGGCAGGGUGGUGGGGGUGGGGGUCUCACAACGUCCAAAUAUGGUUUCUGCUUACUGGGAGAGUGAGGGGCAAGAGACCAGGAAGCUUGACACAGUGUGGAUGUGGCAAUGGAGCCUAUCUUCAGUUCCUUCUUACCACACAUGCACCCCCUAACUUCUCCCCCUCUCCCUCCUGGUAAGUAGCAGUGGUGCGUGGUGUUGAGAAGCCGGGAGAGCAACUGGUAGCUGCUACUUAGUAAGUAAGGGAGACAUCCUCAACCUUGCCAGACUUCAUAUUUUUGCAGCUGCAUAGUUUUAAAAGCCAAAGCACAACAUUUAUAAAAAAACUGAUGCUCCGUACAGAAUUAUUUAAGAUGCAGCUAGUAUCGAAGUGCGCUUGAUAUGGGGGUGAAGGGGGCUUCCACAAAGCUGCCGUUGAUUUUGUUGCUGUUUUGUAAACAGGCCAUUCUUUCUGAAAGAGAGCUCAACCCCUACUGGAAAGAUGGAGGCACAGGCUUGCCAACGCAAGAGAGCACAUCAACAAAAGGUAACAUCUUUUUAUUCAAGUUAUAGGGCAGCUCUGUUUCUCUUCUCUGCAACCCCUUAUUCAUGCUAAAAUAAAACUAAAUAUUUGCAUGCAGAUUCUACUACGAUCUCUGGAUUAAAAUCUUAGCACAUAGCCUUGCAGAAUAUAUUUUUAAAACCUUGAGUGGCUUGACCUUCAGUUUGUACAGCGGAAUUCUUCCUUGUGAACUAAUUAAAACAGAAAACCUGAUUGCGUUAGGACAUGAUGAACUGUUGUCAUCUCAUUUGGUCUCUUUCAUUCCAUUACACACAUUGUAGCUUUAAAAUAUUCAGCCGCUGAAGUCUGUGAGUCCCAUUUUCAGUGAAGUGAAAUUGGGAUGCAGUUGGUGAAGAAUAUUAUUUAUGUAACCUUUCCCCCCACUUCACUUCUUCCUCAAGGGUUAUUUUGUCCGUUUGUGGUAAGAGCAGAUGAGGGAAAAAAUGUACUUUUCAACACAUUGUAUCCACUUUAUAAAAUUGUACAAACAGUUGUGUUUUGAAUGGUAGAGAUUGUCGUAUGAAAGUUAUUCCUCUGCCCUUUUAGAAAGACUUAAGAGGAACAAAUCCCAUCUACCUAUUAUACCAUCAAGAUAAAUGUUUCGAUAUUUUGGUUCUGUGUAUGUCCUAUUAAAGAGCCUUCUUUUCUUGGAGGUGAAGAGAGGUGGAAUAAACUACCAAGGUAUCCGUCUGGGGUGGCGGUCUGAGUUAGGGGAGGGUGGUUCCAGUCCUUUGCAGUGGUUCCAGUCAUACUUGGAUAGUCGUUUCCAGAGGGUGAUGCUUGGGGAGUGCUCUUUGACCUCGUGGAAUCCUGAAUGUGGAGUUCUUCCAGGUUCUAUUUAUCCCCCAUGCUGUUUAACAUCUACAUGAAACCGCCGGGUGGGGUAACCUGGAGUUUUGGAGUGCAUUGUCAGCAAUAUGCCAAUGACACACAGCUCUACUUCUCCUUUACAUCUGCAGGUGAGACAGUGGAUGUGCUGGACCGUUGUCUUGCCUUGGUAACGGACUAGAUGAGAGGCACUAAACUCAAGCUCAAUCUAGAUAAGAUUGAGGCACUGUUGGUGGGUGGUUGCCUAGACUGAAUGAAUAGGAGGUUGCCUGCUUUUGAUGGGGUUACACUCCCUCUGAAGGAGUGGGUACGUAAUUUGGGGGUGCUUCUGGAUCCUUGGCUGUUGCUUGAGGCUCAGGUGGUCUCAGGAGUGUAGAGUGCCUUCCAUCAGCUUCGGCUGGUGGCCCAGCGGUGCCCCUAUCUGGACAGGGAUAGCUUAACUUCUGUUGUCAAUGCUCUGGUAACCUCUAGGUUAGAUUACUACAACAUAUUAUACGUAGGGCUGCCUCUGAAGGUGGUUCAGAAAUUUCAACUGGUGCAUAAUUUGGUGGCUGCAGUGUCUGACAGUUAGAUUCUGGUCUGAAUUCAAAGUGCUGGUUUUGACCUAUAAAGCCUUACGCAGUUCAGGACCGAAGUAUCUCAAGGGCCACCACUCUCCAUAUGAACUGAUCUGGACUCUGCAAUCAUCAUCAGAGAUCGUUCCUUGCGUGCCUCCUCUAUAAGAGGUCCGGAGGGUGGCAACACAAGAGGGGGCCUUUUCUGUGGUGGUUCCCCGUUUGUGUAGUCCAAAACAUUUGGAGGGCACCAGGUUGGCAAAGGCUGUGAUAGAGCCAACUACUUCAGACUAAGAACUGCAUUUGGGAAAGUAAGUAAGCAAGGGACAUAUUUUGGCAAUUCAAGUUUAAAUGGUUUAGAUGUACAUCUAUAGAAAGAGGAAUGUAUGAAAUAACCCUCAUGCUUCCGAACCCAAAGGGUGCUCAUCAAUGGUUCCUCUUCAUCCUGGAGAAGAGUGACUAGUGGGGUGCCACAGGGUUCUGUCUUGGGCCCGGUCUUAUUCAACAUCUUUAUCAACGACUUGGAUGAUGGACUCAAGGGCAUCCUGAUCAAAUUUGCAGAUGACACCAAACUGGGAGGGGGGUGGUGGCUAACACCCCAGAGGACAGGAUGACACUUCAAAACGACCUUGACAGAUUAGAGAACUGGGCCAAAACAAACAAGAUGAAUUUUAACAGGAAGAAAUGUAAAGUAUUGCACUUGGGCAAAAAAAAUGAGAGGCACAAAUACAAGAUGGGUGACACCUGGCUUGAGAGCAGUAGAUGUGAAAAGGAUCUAGGAGUCUUGGUUGACCACAAACUUGACAAGAGCCAACAGUGUGACGCGGCAGCUAAAAGCGCCAAUGCAAUUCUGGGCUGCAUCAAUAGGAGUAUAGCAUCUAGAUCAAGGGAAGUAAUAGUGCCACUGUAUUCUGCCCUGGUCAGACCUCACCUGGAGUACUGUGUCCAGUUCUGGGCACCACAGUUCAAGAAGGACACUGACAAACUGGAACGUGUGCAGAGGAGGGCAACCAAAAUGGUCAAAGGCCUGGAAACGAUGCCUUAUGAGGAACGGCUAAGGAGCUGGGCAUGUUUAGCCUGGAGAAGAGGAGGUUAAGGGGUGAUAUGAUAGCCAUGUUCAAAUAUAUAAAAGGAUGUCACAUAGAGGAGGGAGAAAGGUUGUUUUCUGCUGCUCCAGAGAAGCAGACACGGAGCAAUGGAUCCAAACUACAAGAAAGAAGAUUCCACCUAAACAUUAGGAAGAACUUCCUGACAGUAAGAGCUGUUCGACAGUGGAAUUUGCUGCCAAGGAGUGUGGUGGAGUCUCCUUCUUUGGAGGUCUUUAAGCAGAGGCUUGACAACCAUAUGUCAGGAGUGCUCUGAUGGUGUUUCCUGCUUGGCAGGGGGUUGGACUCGAUGGCCCUUGUGGUCUCUUCCAACUCUAUGAUUCUAUGAUUCCUUUAUGAAUGCUGCCUUAUCUGUGAUAAUGAGUUUGCUUUCUAUAGAUUCCCUUUCCACAUUCCCAGUUUCUCAAGCAGAAACUGAAUAACAAUCUUCUUUCGGAGCCUGAUCUCUGAAUUUGCUAGAAUAAUGAUUGGCAAGAAGAUGGGGAGCCUGUUAAUUCUGCUCUCGACACAUUUGAAAUAGGACUAAUAUUAAAGCGAGUUGGGCUGUGUUUCCAAAUAAGUGUAAGAACAUGAGCUCAGAAUGGAGAGCCGUGCCAGUGUGAAGUAUAUUUCUGGCAGAGCUAGCAUAUGUUACGUCUAUGACGCACAACAUAUGUAGUUAGUGAUAAGGUUAUGAUGUUAACUUGUAGUAUGCAAAUAUCCCAAUUAAUUGCUUUCUUUUGUAGUGACAGCAGUCGAAGAUGGUGGGUUAAGUUGGCUGAAGAAAUCCUACCAAAGAAUGAAGGAGCAGUCUGAGAGAGAGAAACGGGAUUUGGAAGAAAUUGUGGCUGAAAGAUAUGGUGUAAGUUCUGGAAGCGUACUAUUUCCCCCUACCAUAAAAUAUUAGUGCAGUGGAAAAACGUUGUUCCCUCGUAAAGCAGCAAUAAGUAAAUCUACCUCGUCUCAAGCAAAAAAGAGGAAAGAAAGAAAGAAAGGGCCAAUGCAAUCCAAUCUUAAUUCAUAUGGUUUCAGUAGAUAUUGAUGUAGAUAUAAAAUUAUAAUUUAUAAUUGGACUCACAAGUAUAGGUCCAGUUCUAUAAAAGUAAGGAAACACUUGGUUUAUGAUAACAUAUAGUUUAUGUUUGGUAGUGUUCACUUCAUGGCUGCUGUCCAGCUGUGUGUACAUUAGUCAGAGUUGUGCAAGUGUAAUCCUGUGCACAGAGUAGUCUAUCUGUUUUGGGCCACACAUUUCCUCCAGUAUCUCUAAAUGGUUUCCAGUGUAUCAAGAUCAGUACAUUGAAAACCAACACUUAGGAUUGAAUCCAGUGCGGCACUAAGUAACCAUCCCAUUAGUGCAAGGAUUUGUGCUUGUGCAAUGUGACCCGCCCCCGCUCCCCAACACUCAGCCAGCUCGCCUGUGUCUGCCCAAAUCUGCUUCCGAGGAUUAGGCAAACGCUCAUAUUAGAGAAACAACCACAUCUGGUGCUGGUGGGUGGAAUAGAGGGGGUGGAAGUCCUAUUGUGCAAGUGUACAUCCUUUCAGUGAUGGGACAAUUACUUAGUGCUGCCUUGGAUGCAAGUCUUAGCAUUGUAGAGGCAGCUCACAGAUAUGGCUAGGAGUGAUAGAGAGACCAAGACGUGAAUCCAGACUUAGAAUGGACCCAUUGAAAUUGAUGGGGUGUAAGUUAGUCAUGACUUGGUCCUUUUGAUUUCAGCUGGGUUUUUUGUAAGCAUAACAGAGUCUGGAUUCAGCCCCAUGGAGUUAGCUUUGGAAUAUCUCCUGUUAAAACCAGUGGGGGGAUUGUUAGCAGACUUAUAUAGCUUGUGUGUCCAUUUCAAACAUAGUUUGUUUAAGAAUGGACCACGCUCUUUUCAUCAUGCAGUUACGUUCUCAAUUGCUGCUUUAUGCUAAAAUGUCAUAUGCUUUCCCUUCUUUAUUGCAGUCAAUGGAGCUAUUUCAGUCAAGACUUGAAGAAGCCGAAAAAGCAGUAGCCCCCCAGAAAGCUUAUUAUAGGAGAGGCUGGCAGAAAUGUAAAUAUUCUAGAAACGAAUGUAGUACAAGACAGGAGGAGGAAAAAGGGGAGCAAGAGCAAAGCAGUAUAGAAAAACGUGCAGUGAAAGAACGACUGGAGGAGAGAUUUAAUAAAGAAUAUUCUCCAGAACAGAGAAGUUACAAGAGAGACAGACCAACAGAAGAUAGAGAAUCGAGGCAUAGCAAUAAAGCCUUUCCCUAUAGAACUGCGAAGGAAUCUUAUCAGAUAAGAAAUUAUGAUAAACCUUUUUCAAGCCCUUUCAAAGCUGCAUUCUUGAAACCUAAUGAUGAUGGGGACCAAGGCAGCAGGCUGCAGAGUCCUGCAUCCCAGUUACUUACUCCUACUUCGAUGAGUCGUGGUUUCAGAAAGCCUGGCUAUAGUGAUGAUGCUACCCCAAGAUGGCGCAAAGCAGAGCCCAAGGAAGAGGAUGCAAGAGCCACCCUGGAUGAAAACCCACUAAAAACUGAAAUGGCUGUUACCCAUAGUGAGAAAGAUUCAAGAAAUAAACAGCAAGAGAUACCAAAAGGUGCAGUUCCAAGAUGGCGCAAAGCACAACCCAAGGAAGAAGAAGCAAGACCCACCCUUGAUGAAAACUUGUUAAAUACUGAAAAGGCUGUUACCAGUAGGGAGAAAGAUUCAAGAGAGAAACAGGAGGAGAUCCCCAGAGGUGCUGUACCAAAAAAGGAGCCACAGGACAGCAAAUCGUCUAUCGGGUAUUUAAUUUAAUUUUAUUUUGUGGGAAGGUAUUGACUGUUUUUGCUUGAGGUUUACUUUUUAGGAUUGCAACCUUUUCGUUGUUGUUGAUCAUCGCUUUUCUGCCUACAUACUGGCUAAGUACAUGUCAUGAGGCUUGUGUAAUUUUAAAGAAAAUAUUUUUUUUUUAAAAAGCUGGUGCUCAAAUCAGCCUGGAAACAACUUCCCGUUUAUCUGGAAGUUCUUCCCCCUAAUUCAUGGAGCUCUGUAGUUACUCAGUGGCAAGAGAAACCUGCACUGCAUUUGCUCAGGGGAACGUUAAUCUGUUUUUCAAAUUCUGUAAGUUGAGAGCUGGCCUCGAAAGCAAAUGAAGUUGGCUUUGAAAGCAAAUGAAGUCUUGCAAUUAAACAAAAGGGUGCCUGAAAUUACGCUCUGUGUGCCUGGUGGGAUUAGGGUUCCCUCUCAGCCCGCCUACCAUCCACACAUAGGGCACAUAUUUGUUGUAGGGACUACAGUCAUACCUCAGGUUAAAUGUGCUUCAGGUUGAGCGUUUUCAGGUUAUGCUCUGCGGCGACCUGGAAGUAACGGAGUACGUUACUUCCGGGUUUUGCCGCUCAUGCAUGUGCAGAUGCUCAAAAUGAUGUCACGCGCAUGCGCGGAAGUGGCGAAUCGCGACCCGCACACGUGCAGACACGGGUUGCGUUCGCUUCAGGAUGCGAAUGGGGCUCCGAAAUGUACCACUGUAUCACUAUUAUAUACCACCCUUCAUCCGAUGAUCACAGGGCAUCUUACAGUAUAAAGCCUAAAGUCAUAAAGGUGCCUGGUUACUUGUAAAGAAAGGAUGGGGGAGAGGACAUGUCAAAGGGGGCACCGGAAAUAAUUUAUUUAGUCCAACAUGCCCCUGAAGAAUCCCUUGAGUUAAUCUGAGUGGAUUUAAACCACUAGCCUCUUAAGACGUGUUCCAAGACUUGAAACACAUUGGACUAAAUCCUGUUCAGUGCUAUUUGGAGGUCUUUUCUGUCUCCUGCCCCCUGGUCCUUAGAUAAAACAUAAGAGAUGUAAAAAGGUUUAGGAGGCACAAAACAAAUAUCGAGGGUAUGAUGCUAGUGGGUGCUGUUCAGCUCUGAACUUUUUCUUUGGGAAAAAUCUACAGAACCUUUUAAGUUAAAAAGCUAUUAGCCUCGGUAUAAACUUUAUCUCUUAGUAGUAUGUUGAUUUCAUUUGUAUGCAGACAACAUGCUUUUCUUUUCAACUUGGAUGGCAAUUGAGUGUGUCUGUACACUGCGAAAUAGUUUUUUGUUUUUUUAGUAUUCUGCCCAAGAGAAGGGAUGUGGAGCAAAGUGUUUUUGAUUCUUCAGGGUGAAUGGCACUACCUAGAUGCGAAGUUGAUGAUACCACUUACUUGAAAUACUUGGAAGACUGAAACACUUUGUGCUACAUUUACGAUGCACAUUUAGACAAACCUGAGCUCAGUGGAUUCACUUUCUAACCUCUUUCUCCCAAGCAUUUGCAUUUCCUGUACAAAGAACUUUUAAGUCUCGAGAAGCACGAACUUCAUAGAAUCAUAGAAUCUUAGAGUUGGAAGGGACCCUGAGGGUCAUCUAGUUCAACCCCCUGCAAUGCAGGAAUCUCAGCUAAAGCAUCCAUUACAGAUGGCCAUCCAACCUCUGUUUAAAAACCUCCAAGGAAGAAGAGUCCACCACUUCUUAUGGGAGUAUGUUCCACUGCUGAACAGCUCUUACUGUCAGAAAGUUUUGCAACUUGAAGCCAUUGGUUCAAGUCCUACCCUCCAGAGCAGGAGAAAACAAGCAUGCUCCCUCCUCCAUGUGACAGCCCUUAAGGUAGUUGAAGAUAGCUAUCAUAUCUCCUCUCAGUCUCCUUUUUUCCAGGCUAAACAUACACAGCUCCUUCAACUGUUCCUCUUAAGGCUUGGCUUCCAGACCCUUGAUCAUCUUGGUUGUCUUCCUCUGCACAUGUUCCAGCUUGUCAACAUCCUUCUUAAAUUGUAUUCCAAGUGUGGUCUGACCAAAGCAUAAUAGAGUGGUACUAUUACUUCCCUUGAUCUGGACACUAUACUUCUGCUGAUGCAGCUUAGAAUUGCUGCUGCAUCACACUGUUGACUCAUGUUAAGCUUGUGGUCCACCAAAACCCCUAGAUCUUUUUCACAUGUACUUCUAGUAAGUCAGGUGUCCUCCACCCUAUAUUUGUGCAUUUGGUUCUUCCUGCCUAGGUGCAGAACCUUACAUUUGUCCCUAUUGAAAUUCAUUUUGUUAGCUUGUGCCCAGUUCUCCAGUCUGUUAUGGUCAUUUUGAAUUCUGAUUCUGUCUUCUUUAGCAUUAACUACCCCUCCCAGUUUGGUGUCAUCUGCAAAUUUGAUGAGCAUCCCCUCAAUUCCUUCAUCCAAUUCAUUUAUAAAGACAUCGAACAACAAUGGGCCUAGGACAACCCUGCGGCACCCCACUUGUCAUUUUUUUCCAGGAUGACGAGGGACCAUUUAUGACUACUCUUUGGGUUUGGUCAAUCAACCAGCUACAAAUCCACCUAACAGUUAGCUUGUUCAACCCACAUUUUAUCAGCUUCCUUGCGAGAAUAUCAUGGGGGACUUUGUCAAAAGCCUUACUGAAAUCAAGACACACUAUGGCCACAGCAUUUCCCUGAUCUACCAAGUUUGUAAUUCCAUCAAAAAAAUAAAUCAGAUUGGUCUGGCAUGACUUAUUUUUGAGAGACUCAUGCUGGGUCUUAGUAAUCACAGCAUCCUUUUCUAAAUUCUCACAGACCAACUGUUGAAUUAUCUGUUCUAGGACCUUCCCUGGUAUCGAUGUCAAGCUCAGCAGUCACUAGUUACCUGGGUUUUCCUUUCCCCCAUUUUUGAAGAUGGGGACAACAUUUGCCCACCUCCAGUCUGUAGGGACCUCACCUGUUCUCCAAGAAUUCUCAAAGAUAAUAGACAAUGGCUCUGAAAUUACAUCUGCAAGCUCCUUUAUUACCCUUGGAUGCAGCUCAUCAAGUCAUUUAAAGUAGCUUGAUGUUCCCUUACUAUCUCUUUUCUUAUCUUGGGCUGCAGCUCCCUCCUUACAUCAUUUAUUUUUCUGUCCUAGCUCCUCCCAGCUCCUCCCAGAAUCUACGUCUCCUCCCAGAAUCAGUGUCCAAGGUUGAGAGCAUGGAAGCAAUUUUGCAACUCUAAUGACAAAGUGUGUUUUGUGAAUCCUACUUCUGUGCAUCACGUUCCUCCAGGGGUUAGAUUCUUGCAAUGGGUGAUCUUUCUCCACCCUGGGGACACCCAAACUAUCUUGGUGCUCAGUCUCAGCCAACUCAGCUCUAUCAAGUAUCUCUGCGUGUUGUCCUGGUGCUUGAGGUGUAGCUAGGCAGGACUCAGGUUGCUGCACCUUCACUUCCAGCAAGACAACCAGCUUGCACUUGCUACAAGUGUACCGUUGCUUGUUCUCUGUCAGAAGGACAAACAUGGCACAAGUGUUACAGGUCACUGCAGCAGCUCCCUCGCCUUCCAUGUCUCUGGUCGUAUGCACACCAAGAGACAGAAAUCUGGGCCUCCCCCGCUAAACGCCCUUGCAGACGCCCCUGUUUGUGAGGUCUGUUUGUGAGCUCCCAGGAUCUGCCCUGAGCAAAGUUUGCUGCUGAUUGCUAACUCCUCCCUCAGCCUGGGAGUUAGGAGUACAACUUGCGAUGUAUUGGGUAGCCCACUAGAAAUGCAUUGGAUUUGGCCUCGAGGCAUUGGCAAAAAUGAUGUGUCCUUGCUUAAAUUUAAUUACAGAAUUAAGUUUAAGGUGCUACCCAGUAGACUUUUUCAUGUGCUAUUUUGAGGCAAGGGCAAGGAGAAGGUUAUAAUACAGUGGAAAUGAAAGGCACGGUUAAAAAAAUAUCAAGCCACUGUAGAGCCAUUAACUAGAGCCAGUUAGCAAUUCUUCUAAAGAAAGAAUUUCUUUAGUCUCAAAUAGCUGUGGAAUUGUAAUUGAAGGGGUCGGAUUUGGAAGAGAACCUCUAAAGAUGUUUCUCCCAUGACUUGGAGCUACUAAAAUGUGCAUUAAAUGUUCUCAUUAAGUUCAUCUUUGAACAAAGUAGCCUCUCUUUAUAACGAGGAGGAGAGACAAAUAUUGAUUCAGUUGUCUUUAAGUUUCAAUUAAAUAUUUAGAAGCCUUAAUUAGCUCCCCAUUAAUUUUCUUCUUAAAGCUGCUUUCAUCUUUAUGAAGUCCUGCAGCCAAAAACAUUAAGAAAAGGGUAGUGGCGUGGGGGGAAUGGGAAGAAAAAGUCAUGAGCUUGGUGCUCUAAUGUGUGCAGAUAUCAACCACACAUGUUUCUGUAAUACUACAAGAGUAUAAAAAUCUGAUACAGUAACACAUCGCACAAUGAUUACUUUAUUAAUGAAUUGUGAUAAGGGGGUGGCUUACAUUGUUAAGGGCUUAUAAAAUCCACUUCUUUUCUAAAUAAUGUUUUAUAUCUGGAGAAGCAGUUCUUUCUAAACUUGAAUAAAAUACCAAGUCAGAAUUGCUUUACUAGGGGAUGACUCAUUUACUUGGUGAUUCUUCACUGCUGUCAUGGGUCUAACAGAUAAUUAGCAGAUACUUUCUUAUCAAUUAAUUUACAGAAUUUUACGAUAGCAUUGUAAACAAAUAAAGAUCAACGAUGUAGGUAUAGUAAUAGAAGAAAAGAAAAGCAAAGUUACUUUGUCUAUAAAAACGUUCUCAACUUUGCAUUGGCCUUAGUGAAUGGGGGUGCAUGUGUUGAUUAUGUUUUCUCUAUUUCUCCUCUUCUGUAUGCUGAAUGGCUUAUGUGUGUUGGACCAGGUCUGUUUCAGAAGAUGAAAAGCCCCAAAUUCUUAGUGAUGAGGAGAUGAACAAAUUGGGAGCCAAGAUUGUAAAAGCAGAAUUGAUGGGAAACAAGGUAUGUAGGACAAGAGUAUUGAGUAUUGCUUAAUGUAUGUUCAGACUGAAGCACUGAGAGUUGAACCGUAUACUAAUAAAGAGAGAUCUUUGUUCAAAGCAUCUGGGAGCCCUGAAGCCAUUGGAUAAUUAAGCCCAUUUACCAAAAUGUACAUUUAAUUCCUUCAGUGGGUUUCACUGAUUUGCCUUUGGUACACAUAGCAGCCAGAAGUUAAAGUUCUUGAUGCUUGUAGUAAGGACUGUUGACUGCUGUAAGGUGAUUCUUGAAAAGUGGCAUAUAUAAAAAUGAAAAUCUGUAUAUGGUGCAUUUGGUAUUGAUAGUGAAGCAAAAUUCAACAAUAUUUGUUCUCUUUAAAGGAUUUAGCAGGAAAACUUCAGACCCAGCUUGACAAUGCACGCAGGCUGAAAGAAAGCGGAGCACAGACUCAAGCUAGAAAGUUUGAGAAGGAGGUAAGGAAACCAUGUCCUGUAUGUGUUUUGGAGUCUGGAACAAAAGCAGCAGUGACUGAAUUGCAGCACCUAGAGCUGUGGUGUCGUUGAAUAUGGUUUGUUAGCAUUGGCAGAGAGUACCUACAAAACAAUCAGGAACCAAUGCUGUGUGCUAAAAUAUUAUCUUCUGGAGGGAAGCUGUGAAAAUCUUUAAGACACAGUUGAGCACAGCAAAUGCCAUGUUCAACUAAGUUUAUACAUUCAGUGGAGAAGGGAUGUGGCUCAGCUGUAGAGCCUCUGCUUUGCAUAUCGAAGGUCCCAGGUUUAAUCCCUGGCGUCUCCAGGUAGGGCCGGGAAAGGCUUCCUCUCCGAAACCCUGGGGAGCCACUGCCAGUCAGUGUAGACAACUCUGAGAUGGACCCAAGAAUCUGAAUUGGUAUACUAUACUCCUAAUCUGCAUGAGUGUUUGCAUAUCUUGUACAUUGGGGGAUAAAUGUUGCUGCUGCUACUAUGCCAUUAGUGUAUAUGGAGCCCCACAGAGUAGCAUAAGCCAAAGACAAGUUCCUGCCUGAGGAGCUUACAGUCUAAAUGUAGGCAGUGGUGGGAAGGAAGAGGUAGGAUAAUGAAGCGAAGGAUGAAUGUGAGCAAGUAUGGUUUCACAUACGGUACUUAGGCUUCAUGCCAGCUGAUGAGGAGGACUAAAGAGGUUAAGCCAAAAGGCCUUAGCUAAAUAAGUGGCUUUUAUGCUGAAGUCUGAAGGAGGAGAGAUAGAGAGGUAGCACCACCUUAGUAUUAUGAGUUCAAGGUUUGGGAAUAUCCAGCUGCAAGAAGAUUGGAUGGAGUCUUCUGAAAGAUCAGGAGACCAGUUUCUCUCUGAGAAUCUGAGAGAUUUGUGGCUUACGGCUUGGAUACAAAGAGCUACACUAGUAAUACAGUCGUUGACUCCUCCACUCUCUGAUGCCUUGCUUUGCAGCCUCAUUUUUAAAAAUUUACUUUUGUCUUCUAUAAUUGCUGUGUGUCAAAUUUUCUUUAGAACAAGAUUUGUAACUAUUUGAAGUUAAUUUGAGGAUUCGAAUGUUAAGUCAGGGAGCGUAAUUCAACCUCUUUGGUAUCGCUGGAUAUUUGUGCAACAUUGUGAUUCGUAAUUAACAGUUCACAAACUUGGGCAUUUAUAAUUAGCAAAAAUCUUUCUUUGUCCCCAUUCUGUUACACAAAUGCUUAACUAAUGGCAGUCUUAAGUAAAUUAGGCACCAUCUUAGGGAAAAUGCAUUUUUCUCCUUCUCCUGUAAGCAUUAAGGCCUGGAGAUUGCAUCUGGCUGGCAGGUUGCUUAUCCAGAGCUCAAUCUGAUGACUCCUGGAUGCAUCCCCAGGGAAUGGUGAUAUUCCUCAACAGCUCUGGCCUACUGGCUCUCUGUUUAAUAGCAAACAUUCAUCCCACGUCCCACUCAAAACCACCACUAUCUUGAUUUCUUCGAUUGUGGCAUAUUGUGGUCUUUGGUUAGGAAGAGCUGUAGGCUGAUGAUACAUGUAGUGGAAUUAAUAAUAUUCUACAGUGCCUUUGCUUCCAUUAUUUCAGUAGUCAUAGAGAUAGGUCAAGUCUUGCGUUGGAGAGGAGUGAUUGUAUCAGGCUUGAUUAAUUUGUUUAUAUGCUCAGCUAUGAUAUAUUUGUUUUAAUAAAGAUACUUGAUAGAGGAGUGUGAUCCACGGUUUGUAAUAGCUCUGUCUCAUUCUUUGUCCCUAACAUUCUUCUUAGCAGUGCACUAUUUGGUUGACAUAAUUUUUUUCAAAGGAGUUUUAACCUUCCCACCUCCAAAGAUUUCAGUUAGUUUUAUGGUAAAGGUAAAGGUAAAGGGACCCCUGACCAUUAGGUCCAGUUGUGACCGACUCUGGGGUUGCGGCGCUCAUCUCGCUUUAUUGGCCAAGGGAGCCAGCGUUUGUCCGCAGACAGCUUCUGGGUCAUGUGGCUAGCAUGACUAAGCCACUUCUGGUGAACCAGAGCAGCGCACGGAAAUGCCCGUUUACCUUCCCGCCGGAGUGGUACCUAUUUAUCUACUUGCACUUUGACGUGCUUUCGAACUGCUAGGUUGGCAGGAGCAGGGACCGAGCAACGGGGGCUCACCCUGUCAUGGGGAUUCGAACCGCCGACCUUCUGAUCGGCAAGUCCUAGGCUCUGUGGUUUAACCCACAGCACCACCUGCAUCCCUAUGGUAUACUUUUUAUGGUAUACCUUUUAUGGUAUACCCUAUAGUAUACCUUUUAUGGUAGAUUAAGCUUUUAAAUAUUUCGCUGUAUUGGUAAGGUGCCUAUGCUUUUCCUUGUUACGAUGUUCCCUGUCAAAAGUAAGCAUUUUAAAAUUGUUGAAUCUUCAAAGAAGCAGUAGGAAUGCGAGCAAACUGAACUAAAUAAAUGUCCAUGCGUAAGCUAGAAGGAAAAACUAAUUGGCAGUCUAGGACACCUUGAUCAGAUUUCCUGCAUUCACACCUCUAAAGUAUGUCAGUAUCUGACAUCAACCUAAACUUCACAUUGUAGACCUGUAAUCAUAAAUCAACAUCCUGGUUUCAGUGUUGUUAGCUCAAGAGCUUUAAGGCAAGAAAUACUAAUUUUGCUUUCAAGACUGCUGGAUCGACUGGAAUUCAUUUGUUAUGCAGAAGUUCUCCUUAGGAUUACACAUAAAUGCACACAUGCAAAAAAAUCAAAUUAGUUAAAUAAAAGUAGCUUUUGACCUCCCAAGUCUACCCAGUUAUAAUACAGAAAUUCCUGUGACAAUUCUUCUGUAGUUUUUUUAAAGCUGGCUAGUUCAGUGAUGUAUAGUUUUAAACAGCCAGUCUUUCCUUUUAUUUUUGGCAUUCAAAUAACAAAAGCAAAUCUCUUCACUCCAAUGGGAUUGUUUCAGAUAGUUCUUUAAUAAUGACGCAUGAGCCGUAAGAAGGAAAUUAACUGAAUGCAAGCCAAAAACAGAAUUUCCGGUAAAGUUUCCUUGGAAUCCUUAAGAGAAUAUUUAUUUGUUUUCCCCAUUUUUGUUUAAAAAUAUAUGCUUCUUUUCAAGUAAGAACACUCAGAGCUUGCAGUAGCUGUUUCAGAGUGUAUUUGCUCUGAUAUCUUAACAGGAUUAGUAAUUCGACUAUGGCGUUGACAGUUUUGUAAAAUUCUGGGUAUGUUUUGAAAGUUGAUUGUACACAAGAAGUAUUUGAAAUUUACCUUCAAGAUUGAAAUCAUCUGCUGCCCCUUGAGCAUGGUACCAAAUUGAAAAAUCAACUUAAUGCAGAUUUGUGGUGUUCCAAGGCUGAAUUACAGUUUCAAAAUUUCUGUUGAUUGUUCUCUCUUUCCUGAUGAAUUGUGUAGUUCUCCUCAUCUUUAGGGACCACUGUAGAUAUAAUGAUUUGAGCAUUACCUCCCUGGAAUAAAUUCACUUCCUCCCACGUUAAGAGAAUCUAAGGGACAGGCUGCCACACACAUUAAUCACAGUUAAUUAAAAUGCAGUUCUAUGCACGCUUUCAAUAAUAGUUCUUAUUGAAUCCAGUAGGGCUUACUUUGUAAAUAUGCAUAGGCUUGACUAGUUAACCAGCUUCAAAUGCCGGUUAAUUUGGGGGACUUGGUUAGAUUUAACCAGUGCUAUUUUUCUAGAAAAAGAGGUGCUGGAACUCACCAUGAACACCUCCCUUGUUCUCUUAGAAUGGCAAUGGUGUCUACCUGAGAGGUGCCGGAACUGAGUUCCUGUGAGUUCCUUCUGAAAAAAGCCCUGGAUUUAACACUGGUUAAUGUAACCCUUGCAUUGCCUAACUGGGUGGGUCUGGAGGAGGGAAUUUGGGGAGGGAGCAUGCAGUCCUUCAGCGCACUCCUAAUUUCUUAAAUAUGCUGAUAAGAUCCUUCCUUCUUAUGUCUGCAACAGCCCUAAAUGUCCUUUGUGCCUCCCUGAGCAGUUUAAACAUCUGCCUCUUCUACUUUUAGAAGCUACUAAUGCAGCAAAAAUAAUAAUGAGCAUGUCCCCCCCCGCCCCCCCAAUUCAUGCUCAUGUUGUCAAGGUCAAUGUCACCUUGUGAAACAUGGACAUUUAAUUUCAAGACACAAUAAAUGACUUCCUCCAGGCUAAGGCCGGAACCAACAACAGGAGACGCAACUAUUAUAGCUAAAUGGGGCACAGGUUCUGAUCCAAAUAAUGCUGUAAUUAGUGUGGUUUUAUAUUCAAUAUCCUGUUGAUGUUGGGAGGAAAUGACAGGAGCAAUUACAAAAUUAAACAUCCUAGAAGGUGCACAAAGUUGAUACAGGCACUGUAAUAGAGGCUUGGGUUAAAUACACAGCACAAACUGAAAAAGUCAAGCUGUCGAGUAGAGGCAUAGAAAGCUUGCUUAAAAUGGAAGAAGCAAAAGCAGGUGAGCUGUGCCUGCAAGCAUGACAAAAUGCAUAAUAAGGCAGGCAAACUCUGAAAUUUGACAAGUGACAUGUCAGAGAUAUACUAGUAAGAAUACAGUUCGUUUUAUGAAUCUGCCAGAGACCUCUGGGGACUAAGCCAUCUUAGGAAAAGAUAAAAUACAUCAUAUAUAUUUGUACCGCGGCAGAGAAUACGCUGUUCAGGAUCUUCAUAGCAACAAUGUGUUCUUAUUGCAGACAUUAACAAGAAAAAUUUAUGCCAGAGAUUUUAUUACAGGUGAUUAAAUCUUGAAUGUUUUUCAGAAAUUGCACCACAAGUAUAAGAAAUGACAUUGUGAACAGUUUGUCAGUAGUACUGGUAGUUAAUGGCAGAGGCAAAAUUGGUCAGAUUCUCUUUCUUUCCAUGUCUCUAAAUUUUGGGUUGCUUUUAGACAAUCCCUUCUUGUAGUUGUCCCUGCUUUCAGUCAGUCCCUAAUAUUCAUUGAAGAGUCCUGGGCUAGGAGGAGGAGAGCCUCUAGAAUAGGUUCUGUGCCAAAUGAACUGCCAGCCAGCUCUUUUAUGAACUUUCCCAGUCAAGAUUAUUGUUCGAACAUAUGCUCAGAAUAAUGCCACCACCUUCACAGAUGGAUAGAGGCAAGACAGGGCCUUUCAGGACAUAAAGCACCAUCAUGGAACUUUCUGCCAGAUUACUAGACUCAGUUGGCAUAGACAACCAAUAACAUGGUUCGUUUUAGUGGGCCUUGCUGCAGCUGUUUCGUCGACAUGUUGGUUGACUUUAAUCUGCUUAAUUUUGUUGCAUUUUCAUAUUUGUGUUUUUUAUGUUGGGAAUCUUUGAAGCCGAGAGGCAGGAUGCCAAUAUUUUACAUAGGUAAUAUGGUUGAAAGGAGAGAUUAUUAUAAUGCCAUUUUUACUCCUCUCUGGAGGCACUUCUUGAAACUAUGGGUUGUCUGCAAAACAAUGUCAGUGGAGUUCCCCUGGGGAAGCAGCACUUACGUUUCCUCUUCUCCCCCUGCUUGCCCCCCAAGCUUUCUCCAGUGGGUUCCCCAUCCCCCCAUCUGAUCUUAAGGGUAUGUUAAGGGACUGCAGUGGAGAGGAGAGGAGGGAAAAGUUCUGUUCCAUUAGUGAAAGUCUCUUCCUUUGAGGUUGUUCUCAGCCCUCCUGGCCUUCCAGUGCUGUGUGUAAACUUCUCUUUUUAUUUGUCUCAAAUGGAUUUUGUUCGUUUUGCUUGUUUUGCUGCUGUCGGUUCUCCUGAUAUGUUUGCCUCUCUGCUGUUUUAGCCAUUUUUUAACACCAUCUUUAAUUUUCCCCCCUAGCUGUUUUGGAUAUUUGUUUUGAACACGAACGUAAGACAUAAGGUUUUUGAAAUAAAGAUAGUUUAAAGAUAGUUUAUUUGAAAUAAAGAUAGCUCAAGAGCUUAAGCAUACCUAGUGGAAUUUAUUUUAUAUUGUAUUGUAUUGUACAGUAUUGUACUGUAUUUUUCCUGGUAGAUCUCUUCCCUCUGCCCUGCCCCGUUGUAUGGCAUACUCCUUUUAAGACUAUCCUAAAAGAGGUUUGAUGUACAUCAUGGGACAUUGCUGGGAGAAUAAUAGCCCAAAGUUCCCUUGGGCAUGUGAAACAAGUCAGAGGGUUCUUUGGAUCCUGACUACACUUGAAAUAAAACAGCAUUAUGUGCUAAGCCAUGACACUCUGCCCUCAACAUUUCUUGAGAAGUAGGAACGGAAUUCGCCCAAUAACCCAAUCAGUGGAAGGCCUUUGCAAAGACCUCUGCUUGGGCAGUGGGCAUUUAUUGCUCUCCUGCCCCUGCACCCUCCCAAAUUGACUCUGGACAGGGUCAGGGGAACCCCCAGAACAGCAUUGGGGGAGAAGAGGGGUUCUCAUUCCAUCUGUCAGGCUGCAAGGCUUGUGAAGACAGAACAUUCAUCGAAGCGCAAAGUUCGGUUCCCCCCUAGGUUUUUUAACCACUUUAAUCAAAGAUAAAUUGGAAACAUUUCUAAAUAUUAUACCCAGGAAAAUAGUAUUGUUUGUCAGAACUAAUGAGAUUUUGCAUCCUUGGGGUUUAGUAAUGAGAUAAGUGCAUGUAAUGCAGGCAGCCUCCUACAGAAACUUGGAUGAUAGCAUGCAUUUAGUAACAGAUGGGUUGUGGCCUGAAUACCCAGUUGCAAAUGUUUUCCAACUCAUCAUAAUUUUUAAUACCUGCCAGUUCUUUUGCUUGAAUUUUUCAACUGAAAAAUGCAUUUCUCCCCAAAGUCCUUUAGUUAGAUUACAUUUGCUUUCCACACUGCUAUUUGGUUCUCUUAUUUAUGCAGAGUGAGCUUAAAGAAUGUGCAUUUACGAAAACCAGAAAUAACUGUCAGCUACAACGCGAAUUGCUCAGCUAAGUGAUCUGUACCAAGGACAAGAUAAGACAGAUAAAACUCGCCUCUGGAAAAUACAUAAGCCAGCCAUUCAACAAGAACAGUCUUGUUUCUUAGUUAAGCAACACAUUUGGUGAAUUACCACUGCGUUUGUGCACAUACAGAUUUUUCACUAACGUUUAUUUGGGUUUUUUUAAGGGCAGUAUUAGGGGAAGAACAAUACUUAUCUUUUAGAAAAUGAGAAGAGAGGGGGAGUAGACACAGCAUCAGUUUCUGUUUUAUGCUGCCACUAUUAGAAACAGAUGGCUUGUAAUGUUUGGCUUCUGAUAGCUGUAUUUUUUGUUUAUUUGGCACCUCUCUGUGUCGGGGGCUUUGCUUCCCUCUGAUCUGCAGGCAGCCCAAUUUGCCUAGCAUUGGCUGAGGCCAAUGCAACCAUUUAUUUAAAAAGCUCACUUACCUGUAAGCCCCGCUCAGCUCAGUGACACUUAUGUAGGAGUAAACAAAAACAUGGACUUGAUCAGUUAGAUUAUAAGUCUGCUAUCUUUCAAAAAGUGAGAGCAGGCUAAGUAUGAAAUAAAAAAUUAUCAACAACACACAGUUCAUGAAUAUUAUAGAGUGGUAGAACUAGAAACUCACUGUUAGGUGCCCUUUAAGGUUUUAGUUUUCUGUAGCUUAGCAGUUCCCUCCAUAGAGUUGCAAGUUAAGCUAUGGAAGAAGUCAGUUGCUGGUAUCUAGAAAUGGGUUGCUUCGCUAAUCAUUCUCAAAACUGAUCUUGACUACAACAGUAAUUUUUUUUGGGGGGGGGGCUGAACAUCUCCAAGGAGCCUGAGUUGCUCACAGCCAAUAUUGGAGGGCUCCAACCCACACUGCCUUUCUCUUCUGGGGCUCCUAAAAAGAUUAAGGGCUGCCCUAGACAUUGUAUUAAAUGCAAUGAAAGGCUUAAUACUCCCAUUCGUCACAGUCCUCACCACCUCUUGGCUGUUACUUAGAAGGACAAAACUAGACACGUUAAAUUAAAUCACAUGUUAAAUAUCACGCCAGCUUUAGACCUAAGAACUGCUUAUCUUCAGAGUAUAUAUAUUUCACAGUUACUGCAUGAGUCACUGUUCUGAGCAUGCUUCCUAAGGGGAAGGUGUUAAGUUCAGAGUUCAUGUAGAAAAGCAAAGAGCAGCAUCUGCCCUUGUGUCCUGCAAAUCUGUAUUGGGAAUGAUUCUACCAUUUAAAUCUUACUUGAUGCACAGAGACUGCUGAAUUACCUGAUCCCAGUGGAAGUUGAUUGGAAAGAGGGCAAGGCCAGGGCAGUGAGUCAUGCAGGGAUGUAGUAGGCAAUCUUCUCUGGGUGUGUGGUUCUUCAGUUUUACAGGCUCACAGCCUUAUUUAACCAUAUGACAGGUUGGCUGUGUUUCAGUGAACAAAAGCAAAAUGUCAUAGAACACUAUUACAUUUUAUGAACCACAGGAAGGGCUUGUUCAAGAGUAUGGUUCCUAGACAAUAAUAUCAUACUACUCUUGAAAAUCAUUGUAAAGUCUUAAAAAGUUAUUAAAGUAGAUAAUUUCCACAGUAUUACUUUUUGGUUUUGUACAGAAGCUCUGAGCAAAAAUUUAGUGUGUUCAUCCUGUCUAAAUGAGUACCGUUAAAUUUGGCAGGUUGAACGCUCAUAAUCCAAAAUUAUAUUAUUUCAUAAAAGGCAUCAGUUUUUCACUGCUUGUUUCCCUCAUUUCAGAGAGUGCAAAUAUUUGAGGGCUACAAAACCAUGUGUACAAAACCAUUUUCAAAAUCUAAACUAUAUGUUAACUAAACAUUAAUUGGGUACAUCCCUGUUUCUGUGUUGAUAAAAUUAGAGAUGCUUGAGUUUUGAAAAUCCAUUAAGAAGGAAGCUCAUCAGUAUAACAGUAUGUGUAAUUGGUGUUCUAAGGUUCAUUAGUCAAUAGUCUCCAAAACGUAAGGAAAACACUUUCAUGAAACUAAUUACACAGUUUAAGAUGAGUAAUUAAGCUAUAUUCCUUAGAUGAAGAUGUUUGGCUUUUAGCCAAUGCAUCUGGGGUGUGUGGAAGUUCUUUCAAUUAACUGCACAGUUUGUAAUAUGUGCAUAUUUAAGUACAUUUAGCUGAUGGGAGCCUGACAGCUGAGGUUGCCUAUCUGGGUAGCAACUACUCCUGUUCUCUUUCACCAUUCAGACAUUUGGUCUUGAUGCUGUUGAUAUUACUAUUAUUACUGAACUGGUGGGUUUACAUCUUUGGCCAUUAAUGUUUUAUGUUCUUUCAUAUGGCGAUUACUAUUGACUUCCCCUCUACUUCUUUAACUGAUGGCUAGAUUGUUAAUUGUGCUGUUUCAGAUUUUGUAAGUUUCUCAAAGGCUGUAGAAAUCUUUUCUACAAAAUGUCUGGCCUAAGGAAAGACUUCAGAGCCUAGUGGUAAUUCCUACUCACCAAAUGAACCCAGACCAGCAACUAUUUCUAAGGCUGCUUUUGAAGUAGGAUGCAGAGUUUUGGUCAAGCGGUUCAGACACCAUAGAUUUGCUUGAGAAAAAGAGAGAAGGGUUUAAACUAAACCAACAAAAGUGAAAAGUAGCUUAAGUUAGUGGAAUUGCUGUAGCUGCAAUGCCAACCAGAGUUUGUAAAGCUAGUACUGAGAUCCUAGACUAUUUUUGUCACAACCUGACUGACUGCAGAUAUCAUUGAUAAAGACCGGUUGUUACCCAUUUGCAGGCAUGAAACUGUCUAAUUUAUUUAUUUAUAAAUUUUAUCUGUAAGCCGCCAUGAGUCCCUGUCUGGUUAAAAAGGCGGGGUAUAUAAAUAAGUAUCUAAUAAUAAAUGUAUUUAUAAAUGCUAAAUCACAAAACAUUUCGAAGUGGCUCACAACACUAAAAUGAUAACUAGGUCUGCAGAGGCCUGGCAGAAUAAAAAAGGUUUUGAAUAGGCAUUUAGAUGUUGGCACAGAAGGCGCCUGCUGUUCAACAAAAGUUCCCCUGUAGUCGCAGCCCCUGGCAGGAAUGGUUUGGCUAGUCAGGAUCAGGCUCUUUGUAGGGAUCGUAGAGGGGAGAGACUUUUCAGGAGGGAGGGAAGAGAAAACAAACUACCUUUUCACUUCCCUGCAAUAUUCCACAAGUAUUCUACAUAGUGCAAAAGUGUAUGUGUUUAUAUUUUGCUCCUCUCAGAAAUGUUUUAUUUCUGUAUAGCUUGGCGGGGAGUAUUCUGGAGAGUGGGAAAAGGAAAAGGUACACCUUUCCCAUCUCCUCCAUUAUAUAUCUUCCACUUAAAGUACAGGUAGGGGAAGCCUUUUUUUAAAUAAAAACAACUCUCAGUGGCACAUAUUCCUCUCACACCUCUGUGAAUCUCAUCCCUAUUUCCAGGACACAGUGAGUUGCAGGGGGCUCAGAGCAGGCUCCCUCUUUUUCCAGCAAACGGUUGACAUUCAUAUUUUCUGGAAGUAAGUGACCAUAGAUCUUCCUGGUACCCUAUGUUUGGGUGUCCCUGUUUUGCUUACAAAUUGAGAGGCACGGAAUUACUCAAGUUAGAUAUUAAUGAGAGUCAUUUAUCUUUGAACAGAAGUUGUGCAUUUUGUUUUAAGAUUUAGUCUCUAUCUAAACGUUAUAUGGGAUGUGGGUGGCGCUGUGGGUUAAACCACAGAGCCUAGGACUUUCCAAUCAGAAGGUUGGCAGUUCAAAUCCCCGCGACAGGGUGAGCUCCCGUUGCUUGGUCCCUGCUCCUGCCAACCUAGCAGUUCAAAAGCACAUCAAAGUGCAAGUAGAUAAAUAGGUACCGCUCCGAUGGAAAGGUAAAUGGCGUUUCCAUGCGCUGCUCUGGUUCACCAGAAGCGGCUUAGUAAUGCUGGCCACAUGACCUGGAAGCUGUACGCCAGCUCCCUCGGCCAAUAAAGCGAGAUGAGUGCCGCAACCCCAGAGUUGGCCACGACUGGACCUAAUGGUCAGGGGUCCCUUUACCUUUUUAAACAUUAUAUAUCAUCUAUAAUGCCUUCGUGAUAUCAUGCCUGGAUUAAUUUUGUUUAACACUUGGUGUAGAACCGCAGUUAUCCUUGCAUCAUCUUGAGAUCAUGCAAUAUGCAUCUGCUCAUUAACACACACACACUCCUUUCUUUUUGAGCAGCGGUCUUUUCCUUCCUGUCCCUGUGAUAUAGGGACUCCUGAAAUUUUUAUCAUUUUCUUUAGCUGCUAAACAUUGAGAAGCAGUUCCAGUUUAAUAGUUGGUGACUUCAAGUUAUCAGUCCUCUGUCAACUUCCUUUGCUCGGCUGCUCAGAGUCAACUGGCUGUUCUGCAAAUUAAACUGUGUGCAUUGUGAGCCUUUUUCAUUUUCUGCUGUUAAAUUAUGGAACAGUCUCCCUCUCAAGAGGCCACACAAAUAAGUCCCUAAGAUUGUAUUUCACUUAAGACGCCAUCCUUUGAGAUUUUUGUUUUGGCCUUCCUGGAUUGUAAUGCAUUAAUUGGUGAGAGUCUCUUCCACACAGUCUCAAUAAUUCAACUGACCUGGGGGGGGAUAUGCACAACACUUGAAUAAACAGCUAUCUGAGUAAUCAAAUACUCUAUUUACAUAAGUUUACAUUGAUGUGGGCAACGCUCAAUGAAUGUAGAUAACCUAAACUUGAAUGUAGAUAACCUAAACUUAAAUAAUUUAUUCUAGUGCCCCAGAAAGCAGGACUAGAUCAGAAAUUACUGUUUUGAAUCCUUGCAAUCCUUAUAUAAAAAUGUAAAUAUAUUUAAAACUGUCCACUAUUAUGGAUCAUUUUCUUUGGACAAGUUUAGACUGAAUGCUAGAUCUCUGUAGGUCAUGAUUUACAAAUCAGAAGCUGUCCUUAGGGGAUGAGUUCUGUUCUUCCAUACAAUUCUUGCCUUGCUAGCUUCCAUUCCUGGUGCUAAUUAUAGUUCCAUAUUCAGUGUAUACCAUUGCAAACUACAGUGCAAUCCAAACCAAGAUACAUAAAUUCAGUCCCCAUUUUAUGAGGGAAACUCAUUUGCAUUGGUGCACAUGUGACGUGAAACCCUGUUCACACUAGGAAAGCAGAAAAAUUGCUAGCUUCCAAUUUACAAUUUACAAACCAUGGUUUAGGGAAGUUUUUAAUGUUUGAAGUUUUAUUCUGUUUUUAAUGUUCUGUUGAAAGCUGCCCAGAAUGGCUGGGGAAACCCAGCCAGAUGGGCGGGAUGGAAGUAGUAGUAGUAGUAAUAAUAAUAAUAAUAAUAAUAAUAAUAUUAAUAAUAUGCUUCAUGAUUACUUUCCUUAUAAUUGCUUUAAGGAUAGUUAGUACCACUCUUAACAAUCAAACAUUAGUGUAGAAAGGUUUUGUGACAUUUAUUCAUGCUCCCUCACACCCGCUCACUUCUGUUUCAGGCCAAAUCUUGAGAUCGCUUAUGGCCAUAUGGGCCAUUCCUCUUUUAGUCCCUCCUGUUUCCUGAGAUCUUCAUUGUGUUCAGGUCUCGGGUGUUCUUUCUGGUAUGUAGACUGGAAGCAGUCUCCCUGUAUUUGUCAAUUUUCUGGCCAUUGACUACGACCAGAAUAUGCUUCUCUUUGCCACUGGAUACUUCCAUGAAGUACAUCCUCCUAGUGGUCUUCGUUCCUCUAGCUCAGCCUUUCCUAACCUUGGAUUCCCAGAUGUUGUUGAACCCCCAUCAUUCCUGACUGCUGCUCCUUCUGGCUAUGGAUAAUGGGGAGCAAAGGUUGGCAAAGGCAGAGGCCUUUGCCUUACUUCCGCAGCCCCCAGGGCAGCUAAUUGUAAUUAUACCCCAACUAUAAUUCUGUAGCUGGUGUGGGUAGCAUGGCAGGUAGAUUAUGCUUCUAGGUUUUCUAACAGCUCUAUCUCAUUGAAAACCAAAUGUUUUCAUGGCUCUUUUAACCAUUUAGUAUGAAUUCUUGUUCAGUGAAACUUCCUUUUCAAUAGCUUUCUUCCUGGUCUAAAUCAGGGGUACCCUAAUGGGAAAGGCAAAGGGACCCCUGACUGUUCGAUCCAGUUGUGAAAGACUCUGGGGUUGUGGCGCUCAUCUCGCUAUAUUGGCCGAGGGAGCCGGUGUACAGCUUCUGGGUCAUGUGGCCAGCAUGACUAAGCCGCUUCUGGCGAACCAGAGCAGCACACAGAAAUGCCAUUUACCUUCCCGCUGGAGCGGUACCUAUUUAUCUACUUGCACUUUGAUGUGCUUUCGUUGGCAGGAGUAGGAACUGAGCAAUGGGAGCUCACCCUGUUGCGGGGAUUCGAACCGCCGAACUUCUGAUCGGCAAGCCCAAGGCUCUGUGGUUUAGACCACAGUGCCACCCGCGUCCCAUACCCUGAUGGUGGUGCUUUCCAAAUGUUGUUGAACUCCAACUUCCUCUAUGACUAGUGGUUGCAGCCCAACAACACCUGGCAGCCGCUUGGUUAGCUACCCCUGGUCUAAAUAGUUUUGAUUUAAAACCAGUUCACUUGGCAUACAUUAUUCAAUCAUUGUACUGUAGACAGGUCAGUAUCAAUCCUGCAUUUCAGAGAAAAGUCUGAGUGUGGUUGUGGAAGGCAGGACUUGACUUCAAAAGAAGCCAGGGCUUCUUGCGUCAUUGUUAAGGCUGAAAUCCUGUGCACACUUUCCUGGGAGUAAGAAGAGAAGAGUUUGGAUUUGAUAUCCCGCCUUUCACUCCCCUUCAGGAGUCUCAAAGCGGCUAACAUUCUCCUUUCCCUUCCGCCCCCACAACAAACACUCUGUGAGGUGAGUGGGGCUGAGAGACUUCAAAGAAGUGUGACUGGCCCAAGGUCACCCAGCAGCUGCAUGUGGAGGAGCGGAGACGCGAACCUGGUUCCCCAGAUUACGAGUCUACCACUCUUAACCACUAUACCUCACUAAUCCCCCAUCCAACCGAAUAGUACUUCUGGAAAUGCUUGUGUGGGAUUCACUGUAAGACUCCAAGGUGCAAUACUAUGCACACUUAUCUGGGACGAGCCCCUUAGAACACAAUGUGACCUACUUCCUGAGUAAGCUUGCAUAGGAUUUCACUGGUGUAAGACAAUUUUGGAGAGCUUUUUAUGGAAUUCCAUUCUUAAAAUCGCUUCUCUACCCUUGCAUCUUUUGGUAUCGAUAAUGCUUUUUUCUUAUAGUUUUCUUCAUGUAUUUGUAUCCUAGUUGUAAGCCACCCUAGGAUAUUUUAUAGAAUUUUAGGAUAUGUAUCCAGCUGAAUAAGGUAUGGGUGAUGUGAUGGGAUGAUGAGCUGCUUGUGCGUAAAAUCGUAUCCCCUCAGAGUUUGUUCAAGUCCACAAACCUCUGUCUGUGACGGAGCCCCUCAGACAUGGCUCCUCUAGUCACUAGCAGAUUCCGACAGUGGUUGCUUUCGUAAUCGCUUCCAACAUAAAAGCUCCUUAACGGAAACACGUCUUCUGGACUCUCUGCGUGACAGUUUCCGGCGAGGAGUGGGUGUUCUUACAGGAGGUCCUGAAACCUCCCCACUGUUUUCGCUGGAAGUGUCUCUGAGCCAUCCCUCCAGCUCACUUUCCCUCCGCUCAGCUCCUCUCCCCCUGCUGGUUCCCUCUUCAGCUGCUGAGUCUCUCCCAACCUGUGUGAGCCCUUUCACCUCCCUGCUGGUUCCCUCUUCAGCUGCUGAGUCUCUCCCAACCUGUGUGAGCCCUUUCACCUCCCUUCCGUCUGAUGGCAGUUCCCUGACAUCCACCUCCCCUCCAGGGCCCCCUUCACCCCCUCUCGCCCCCUCCUCUACGGGCGGUGAGGAGGCAAAACCCCGGAAUGAACUUCCUUCAUCUUCCGAUGUCUCGAACACUUCUCUCCACCUGUUGCGGUUCCUGGUCUCGAAGUACACCUCCUCCUCAGAGUCCAUCUCCCCUUCCCCUUCCGAGUCCGGGAAUCCUUCCAACUCCUCCCCCCUCAUCAGUGGUCCCAAAGUAUUCCCUCCGGAACCUCUCCACAGGCUGAGGUUUCCUUGGGAACCUUUGAUGGAACGUUUCUAUCAAUACCUCGUCAUUGAUAUCUUCGGCCAUUACCCAAGUGUUUUCUGACUCCGGUUCUCCUUCCCACGCUACCAAAUACUCCACCUGAUCCCCCUUCCACCUGGCGUCGAGGAUUUCUGCCACAUGGCUGCUGCAUUCUCUUUCUUCCAAGACCGGUCCCCGAGUGGCCAUCCCUUCUCGUCCCCCUUCGUACGGUGACAGUAACGACCUGUGAAAUACUGGGUGCAGUUUCAUGUGGUUGGGUAACCGGAGCCUGAAAGCCACUGGGUUGACCUGUUGAAUGACCUCAAAGGGACCCAACCUCCUGGGUCUUAAUUUCUUACAACCUCCUUUGAACGGCAACCCUUGGGUUGACAGCCACACCCUAUCUCCCACCCUUAUGGUUUCACCUUCCCUUCGGUUCUUGUCUGCCUGCCUCUUGUAUUCUUCCUUCGCCCUUUCUAAGUUGAGUUGGAGCUGACGAUGGAUUGCUUCCAUUUCUUCCACAAAAUGCUCGGCUGCCGGGACGCUCCAUCUCUCCCCAUCUCCCCUGGGAAAGCCCUGGGAUGACACCCAUAAUUAGCCAAGAAGGGGCUCAUCCCUGUGGACACAUUCUCGGCAUUGUUGUAGGCAAAUUCCGCCAGCGCCAACUUUUCUACCCAGUCAUUCUCUCUGUCAUUGACAUAACACCUCAGGUAUUGCUGGAGGACACCGUUUGCUCUUUCCGCCUGCCCGUUGGUUUCAGGGUGCCGGGCAGUCGAAAAAUUGACCUCCACCUGCAGUAAGCUCAUGAGCUUCCUCCAGAACCUGGAAGUAAAUUGUUUUCCUCGGUCUGAGACCACCCUCAAUGGCACCCCGUGCAACCUAAAAAUGUUUUCUACAAAUAACUUCGCUGUCUCUUCCGCCGUGACUGCAUGCGAGCAAGCUACAAAGUGGGACAUCUUUGUUAGUAGGUCUACCACCACCAUGAUGGCUGUUUUCCCUUUGGACUUCGGCAGAUCAGUCAUAAAAUCUAUCGACACUGCCUCCCAAGGUCGUUCUGGGGUUGGUAAGGGUUCUAAUAGCCCCGCCGGCGCCCGCCUUUCCCCUUUGGCUCGCUGGCAUUGCUCGCACCCUCUUACAUACUCACGUACAUCUUCCCUCACCUUAGGCCACCAAAAUUCCCUGGUGACCAACCACAUGGUUUUGUGUUGUCCAAAAUGCCCCGCCGUAGGGCUGUCGUGCAACUGCUUGAGUACCCUCCCCCUUAACUCUCCUUCAGGGAUAUACAGUGCCCCUUUGUAAUACAAAGCUCCAUUUCUUUCCUCGAAACCCCCUGGUUCCUCUCCCUCACCCCUAAGACCUCUGAGCUUAUUCUGGGCGUAUUCAUCAUUCUCUGUUUCCUCUACCAGUUCUCUUUGUCCCACCAAUGCCGCCCACACACCCAGCGGUCCUCUGGAAUGACAUGUCUCUCUUCGGGUGCUCCCUCCCCUCCAAAUAUUCAGGUUUGCGUGAGAGAGCGUCCGCCCUAAUGUUCUCUGGGCCUGGCACGUAACAAAUCUCAAAGUUAAAUUUGGAGAACUCCUGGGCCCAUCUCACUUGCCGUUGGUUGAGCACUCGUGCCGUCCUCCAAUACUCUAGGUUCUUGUGGUCAGUGCACACUUGCACCUUAUGUUGUGCGCCAAUUAGCAGGUGCCUCCAUCUCCGGAACGCCUCAUGAAUGGCUAGUAGUUCUCGGUCAUACACCGUGUAGUUCCUCUCGGAUUUGUUCAGCUUUCGCGAAAAAAGGCACACGGUCUCCACUCUGACUCCUUCUUCCCUGGCUGCAGAAGCACCGCCCCAAUCGCUCUGUCUGAUGCGUCAGUUUCCACUCUCAUCGGUUUUUGUAAAUCCACAUGCAGGAGUUGUUGUUCCGAGGCGAAGGCCCUUUUAGUUCCUCAAAUGCUCGCUCCGCCUCCUCAGUCCAAACGAACUUCUUCUUACUGCUGAGACAGUCCGUAAUGGGCGCCGUCAGGUGGGCAAAGUUUCGGAUGAACUUACGAUAGAAGUUCCCAAAUCCUAGGAACCUCUGCACAUCCUUCCUUGUUUUGGGUGUUUUCCAUUCCAGCACCGCCUGGACCUUGCCGGGAUCCAUGGCCAAUCCCUUGUCUGACAGGCGAUACCCCAGGAAUUCCACCUCCUUGGUAUGAAACUGACACUUCUCCAGUUUCACCCACAGCUGGUUGGCUUGCAGCCUGCUCAACACUUCUCUGACGUCUCUCACAUGCUGCUCCUCAUUCUCAGAAUACACCAACACGUCGUCUAAAAAGGCCACACAAUUCUUGUAAAGCAAAGGCCCCAGGACGUGGUUCAUAAACGAUUGAAAUGUUGCGGAGCCUGCUUGUAGGCCGAAGGGCAUAACCAAAUAUUCAAAUGCCCCUAAAGGGGUGAACAUAGUGGUUUUCCAUUCAUCCCCCUUCCUUAUUCGUACCAGGUUGUACGCCCCCCUUAGGUCCAGCUUUGUGAAAAUCUUUCCCUUCCGCACCCUUGUCAAAAUGUCGUCAAUCCUGGGCAUAGGGAAGGCCACUGGUUCUGACACUGCAUUUAAGGCCCUGAAGUCACACACCAGCCUCGGCUUGUUCGUGUUUUUUAUCCACAAAAACACUGGGCUGCCCCCACCGCCCUGGACUCUCUGAUGAACCCUCUCUUCAGGUUCUUGUCAAUGAACUCUCUUAACUCCUGCAUCUCUCUGUCUGACAUGGCGUACAGCUUGCCUACAGGGAGCUGUGCUCCAGGGAGUAAAUUGAUUUGACAGUCAAAGGGUCUAUGCGGGGGUAGUUGGUCAGCUUCCCUUUCGCUGAAGACGUCACGGAGAUCUGCAUAUUGUCGUGGUACCUUCACGUUCUCCGUUACUUCAGUCCCUGCUAGGGUGGCUUGGGCCCCUGCCAAACCCUUUCCCUCUUUGCAGUGUUCUAAGCAAUGUGCUGAACCAAAAGAAACCACUCUCUGAUGCCAGCCCACCAGCGGAUCAUGUAACGCUAGCCAGCUCAUCCCCAAUAUAAUGGGAGCUCCUCCCAAGGUGGCCACAUUAAAAGCUAUCAGUUCGGUGUGCCUUGCUACCUUCAUUAUCAUUGGGACGGUCUGCAAGCUGACUUCUCCUCCCAACAGCUCCCUGCCAUCGAUCGGGGUCACCUGCAGGGGGUUGCUUAAAGGGAUCGUCUGUAUCUGGUGUUCAGCUGCAAACUCUUUGCUCAUGAAAUUGCAGGAGCUGCCUGAGUCCAACAGCGCCUUUAUCUUUAGAGGGUGUCCGUUUGGCAGCUCUAGCGUCACUUCUAUCACUAGGGCGGGUUUAGGAGGUUCUGGCGUGGGCACUCUCACUGCUCUUUGGCCUGGCUGCUGUGCCCCGACAGUGGCAGCCAGGCGUUGGCUUUUACUUGCUCCGGUAUUUCUUCCUCUCUUCCAUCCACAGCUCCUACCAUCCCUUGCCAUUCCUUCCUCUGGGGGCAGACUCUGGCAAAGUGACCUGGCUGUUGGCAGAGAUAGCAUUUCCGGGCGCCUUUUCCCUCCUUCUUCCCCCCUCACUGGGCUUUGAAACUGCGCGCGCGCUGUUCCGAUUUCCAUCGGCUCUGCCGGCGGGAAAGUUGGCUCUGGAAUGUCUGGAAUGCGGAACUCCUUCCAACGUUCCCCUUUCCCUUCCCGCCUCUCCAAUGCUCUCGCCUCCUGGCGCGCUCCUAUGGUCAGCGCUGAUUUGGUCAGCUGGUCCAUAGACUCCGCCCUGGGCGCCCGGGAAAGUUCGUCUUUCACAGCCGAAGAAAGCCCUUCUUCAAAGAGCAUUUGAAUGGGUUCCGCCGAUAAGUCCCACCCCAAUCUGUGAACAAGCAUGGUGAACUCAGUCCAGUACUCACGGACAGAUCGGCUCCCCUGUUUGCAAGCCAUUAACUGUCUGCGCACCACUCCCUGUUCAAUAUCGCUGGAAAACAUCAGAUCCAUGGCGCGAAAGAACUUCAUCGUGUCCUUUAGGACGUCACUAUUCGCUGCCAUCAGGGGUCUAACCCAGUCUCUCGCCCCUUUUCAAGAUGCUCAAUCACGAAAGCCACUCGUGAUUCCUCGUCAGGGAAUUCAUCAAACUGCAGAUUGAGGGCAUAUUGCAUUUCUGUCCGAAAGCCAUGAUAGUUUUUGGGCUCCCCCCCAAACUUCUGCACCAAUCCUGGUACCUUUCUGGCGAGCUGGGUGGCUUCCCCUUUUUGUCUGCAUCCUGAGCCCUCCUCUCCUCAAGCCUCGCCGUCUGCAUCGCUAGCUGGACCUCCAACACCCGGUACCUUUCUUCCAGGCUUGGACCCGCUCCAGCUCCUGCUUCUCCGGUUCCGGCUGGGUUGCUCAUGAUGCCUUCUCCUGCACAAGCUGCUUUCAAUGACUGUCGGAAUGCUGUGAUGGGAUGAUGAGCUGCUUGUGCGUAAAAUCGUAUCCCCUCAGAGUUUGUUCAAGUCCACAAACCUCUGUCUGUGACGGAGCCCCUCAGACAUGGCUCCUCUAGUCACUAGCAGAUUCCGACAGUGGUUGCUUUCGUAAUCGCUUCCAACAUAAAAGCUCCUUAACGGAAACACGUCUUCUGGACUCUCUGCGUGACAGUUUCCGGCGAGGAGUGGGUGUUCUUACAGGAGGUCCUGAAACCUCCCCACUGUUUUCGCUGGAAGUGUCUCUGAGCCAUCCCUCCAGCUCACUUUCCCUCCGCUCAGCUCCUCUCCCCUGCUGGUUCCCUCUUCAGCUGCUGAGUCUCUCCCAACCUGUGUGAGCCCUUUCACCUCCCUGCUGGUUCCCUCUUCAGCUGCUGAGUCUCUCCCAACCUGUGUGAGCCCUUUCACCUCCCUUCCGUCCGAUGGCAGUUCCCUGACAGGUGACUUACAGUGGGUCUUUGUGGAGAAAAAGUUUAACAGGGCUAUAGAAAGCAUGUCUUCAGAACCUGUAUGCAUAGGGGCUUGGAUCUGAAUUUUUUUAAAACACCGGGAAAUAAAUCAAAACUACUACAGUAUAUGACAUAUAAAACAUCUGGCGAGCAUGAGAGGCCUGUUGCAUUGCACUCCUCAAAUGUUCCAGUGAAUUCUGUUACAUGCCAGUGUGUGACUGAUGAAAAAUAUACUGACCUUUCCCCAGACAGAUACAUGCACGGUCUUGACAUGACUUAUUAUUUCUUCUUCUGUGUUAAACAAUUUGCAGAAUUUUUAUUUGAGGUUGUUUAGUAACUGGAGGUUGCCCAGUAGCUGGGAAUAGCCCAGAGUAUUGCUUUGGACACUUGUGAGCAGAGGUUUAAUGUAUAAAUAAAUCUUAUUAAGUUAAAAUCUAUGCUUAUUUUUCUGAAUAAAGAAGGAGCAAGAUCGUUUGCUGAUGAAAAUGUAGUAAAGGGCAGUUGUGUUUCUCUUUCCCACUUUUUUGCGGCCUUUAUCCAGUAUUUCUGUGUAGGUUCACCUGAAGUCUAUAAUUAAGCCCUUAGAGCCCUGGUGCUUUCAUAACCACAGAACUUUCUUACUCUCACAGAGCUGUCAGGGAUAAGCUGUCAUUAUUGGUAAGGAGAACAGAUGUGAGGUAGACACAUAGUUGAUUUGUCUGAAAAUGACUUGGAUAGAGAUUUAUAUAGGCAUUUAUUAAACUUGACAAAGCUGGAUUUUAAUGAGCCCAAUUUUGAUGACAUCCCCCUUAUUAGAGCUAAUUUAAUCAAUUAACAUAAAAUGAGCUGCUGCUUUCUAAUUACUGAGUGAGAAGCUUAUACACCGUCCUCUAAUUUUUCCCUCUUUAAAUUUAAAAAUACUUUCCCAACUCUUUGACACCAGACUAAUCUGAUACAGAUAUAAUGCUAAAUACUUGCAAAUCAUGGUUUGCAAAUCCAGAAUCCAGUCUCGAGAACUAUGCCUCUUACCAUCUCUAGAUCAAAUUUGUUCUUGCCUUCCCUUGUUGGUAUUAAUGAUGGUUUAGAGCAGGGUUUCCCAUUGGGCCUCCAGCUGUAUUAGACUACAAUUCCCACUAUCUCUGACCACUGGCCUUGGCAGUUGUAGUCCAAAAACAGCUGGAGACCCAAGUUUGGGAAACUCUGGUUUAGAGUAUAGUGUGCUUGUCAAGGUUCCUUUUAUCUGUGUUUGCCAACCACUUGAAACCAGGGUUACAAGUUCUCGUGUAUGUGGAGGUCACAGUAUCACUUUGCUUCCUUUGUUACUUUCAUGAAAGACCAAAGCAGGCAUCCUAAAGGAUGCUUUAUGUAUAGGAUAGCUGUGUAUUAUGCAUGUAAUUAUUUAAAAUAUUUCAUACCUCCAACUGAAAGUUUUUCAGGUCUGUUUACAGCUCAGGUUGUUCUGAAGUGGAUGAUUCCAAGCAAACUGUUUAUAUACAUCUGAUAAUGGCUAAACCAUAUUUAAUGAAACACUCUCAGUUAUAAGGUUCUUACACUGAAAAAUUGCAUUUUGCAUAGCUUGUUUUCUUUGGUUUUGUUAUAAGUGCCAUUUUUAGACAUGAUUUGACAACUGUUUUAAAUGACCCCCAUUUCAAUUUAUGUCCUCUAUUUUUGCACCUUCGUACAGACAGCAGGCUUCAAAGAAGAUAAUGAAGUGGUCCUUGUCAGAACUGAUCAGUCUGGUAGAGCAUGGCCUGUUAACACACCAGGAGAACUGCUGGAACCAAGUGGCAGAAAAAGGAAGCAGAAGGUAUGUGUAAUCAAGAUAGGACAUAAAUUUGGGCAUGAGGAUGUGAGGAAACUCCAAAUACCAUGUAAGAAAGCUACCAGACUAUUUAAAGAAUUUACUUCUAUAAAUUUGGGGCAUUUGUAUCCUGCCCAGUCAACAAUGUCCUCUGGGCUGUUCACAACAAUAAAAUACGAGUACAGUCCAAAACUAGAAUGGUCAAUGGAAAAGCAGAUCAACACAGAAAACUUGCAUAAAAGCAUGACGAUGUUGCCAUGAAAUAGUCAAAAGUCAAUAACUCCCCCAUCUCCACAUCCUUCUCUUGUGGGCACUGUGAAAGACAUGAAGCCACAGACAUGAAGUUGGUAUCUGUUUUCCUCCCUUCUGGAGUGGCAAUAAUAAAUCUUAUGUAGUCCUAUUUGUAAUAAAUGCUUAUCAGUGCUUUCCCCACAAGUGUAAGAGCACCUGCCUUUGAUGUACAUCUUCCAAUAAUUUGAAUAGCCGUUUCUGAAGACUGUUGUGUUGACAGUGUCUAAUGAGAAAUUCCAUGAAUUCCCUGUUGUAUCAGUUUAGGGCUACUUUGCUGAAAUUAGAUAUGCUUUGUAAAAUUCAAGUGCUGAAUUGCAUUCGCUUACUUUUAUAAAGUUGCUUUUAGACUGGAUUUGUUUUAGCAUAACCAGACUGUGGCACCAAAUGAAUAUCCAUGUACUUGUUAUUCAUUUUCAGGUUAUUACUCACGUGGAGAAGGAAAGGGUCCGCUAUUUUCAGGAUGAUGAUAAUCUGAGCCUGAAUGAUUUGGUCAGAAACGAAAAGAUGAGGACAGCAGAGGAUCAAAAUAAGCUGUUCAUGAGAAUGGCAUCAAAGGUAGGGCCCAGUGUGUCUGAAUUUAUAUUGAAACCUAAUGAGCGCUUCCAAUAUAUUAAAAACCCUUUCAACUUUUUUAAAAAAAAUAAAAUUCUGUUUGGAAUAACAUACUCUAAGAUGUAUCAAGAUCUUCAUAUGAGUGUUUCAAGUUUGAGGAAACAAUGCGAUUUGUUCCAGUACUUUAUAUUUGUUUUAUGAAUAUAAUUUUACUGUUUGUAUGCUGUUCAUUUUCUUAAUGUUGGUGGCUUAGAAAUUUUUGCAAAUAAUAAAUAAAUAAAGAUAACUGGGGUUCUGGGGCAGGAGAAGAGAGAGACAAGGAAGCAUUUGCAGCUGCUUCACAGGCCGCAGCAUUUGGGCUGCCCUCCAACUUAGGUUUGAGCCCUGAUUUUCCUGGACUGACCCCAGUGCACCAUGUUCACUACCAUACUGGCUUUCAGUGUACAGUGGUACCUCAGGUUACAUACGCUUCAGGUUACAUACGCUUCAGGUUACAGACUCUGCUAAGCCAGAAAUAGUGCUUCAGGUUAAGAACUUUGCUUCAGGUUGAGAACAGAAAUCGUGCUCCGGCGGCGCGGCGGCAGCGGGAGGCCCCAUUAGCUAAAGUGGUGCUUCAGGUUAAGAACAGUUUCAGGUUAAGUACAGACCUCCGGAACGAAUUAAGUACUUAACCUGAGGUACCACUGUAUAGAGAAUCAUAAUAAAAGGUAAAGGGACCCCUGACCAUUAGGUCCAGUCGCGGAUGACUCUGGGGUUGCGGCGCUCAUCUCACUUUACUUGUCGAGGGACCCGGCUUACAGCUUCCGGGUCCUGUGGCCAGCAUGACUAAGCUGCUUCUGGCAAACCAGAGCAGCGCAUGGAAACGCCAUUUACUUUUCCGCUGGAGCGGUACCUAUUUAUCUACUUGCACUUUGAUGUGCUUUUGAACUGCUAGGUUGGCAGGAGCAGGGACCGAGCAACGGGAGCUCACCCCCUCGCGGGGACUCGAACUGCCGACCUUCUGAUUGGCAAGUCCUACUUUGGUGCAAAACAUCAUUUAAAAUCUCAAGUAUAUGAACUCUGUAGAUAAACUUAAACUGAAAGGUAGCAAUUUUAAUUUUUUGCUGUAAAAGCACCAUCUGAAACCAUUUUUGUCAUCUGUAUUAAUGAAGUGCACAGAAUUGACACCCAUUUAAUAACUUUCUCUUUCAUGCUUUCAUUUGUGAGGAAAACGGGAGGAGGGGAAAUGCAGUUGAAAUGGAUGUCAUCUUAUUGAUAUUGCUGAAAGUCUAAAAAUGAUAUUCUGACUAGUGUGUGAGAAAGUGGCCCUUCAAUACUGCAGAGGAUUUUCAUUCAUCUUUUUGACUGAGAUAUUGGCUUUGGUGUGUCUGCAUUGUUUUAAAUCAACGUCUGUACCUCAGUUCUGUUGCAACCAGCAAAAUAAUGAAAUGUGAUUUCUAAUGUGCAGUAAGGAAGCAAGGGUAUCUUCUAUUUUUCAGUUUUCCUUGAUAUGUCCUUUAAACAAACUUUUUGAACUUGAAAACCUGAUGGUAAAAUCACAUUGAGAUCAGUUUCAGUGCCUUUGCUGUCAACAUGAAAGUCAACUAGAUUUCACUUGUGUGUAAAGCUGUCCAACUAGAUAGUUUUAAAGCAGCAUUAUGUUCAGUAGAAAUUACUGAUAGAAACAGAUUUGUGAAGCAGGAAGGCACCUUGGAGUAAAUAAAAUAAUCGAUUCCAAGAAACGGAAAGAGUAAGAGUAGCAAAACAAGAAGUGUUAAAUUUUAGGGGAAAGACAUUUUUUUGACACCUUUGAAAAUUAAGAACCAGGUACUGUUGGGAAGAGUUACUGAAUAGGGAUUCAGAAGGGGAUGGAGUUGGAUGAAUUUAAAAAUUGCUUGCAAGUAGCUCAGUGGUUGACUACAUGCUUUGCAAGUAGAAGGUCCCCGGUGUCAGUUCCUGGCAUCUCUAGCUAAAAAGGCCAGGAAGCACGUGAUGGAAAAGAUACCCCUCUGUUUGAGGUCACAUGGAGAAAUGCUGCCAAUCAGAAAACAUAAACAUAAGGCAGAUUCCUAGGUUCCAAAUGUAAGGACUUACAAGUUUCACAAGCUGGACAGGGAAAUAGAAAUCUGCCUUGAGUGUGAGAGGGGAAGUACAGAGCCCUACCACCACCAGCUCCUGUCCCUUAUUCUUCCAGCCACUGAAUAUAUCUCUCACCUGCCCAUACCACCUCUUGCCUCCGGAAAGCUGCUUUGCAUUGUAGACCAGGGCAAUCCAGACACAGUGGGAGACAUUGUCCGGAGCAGGGGUAGGAAAUUGGAUCUAUCCAGCAGGCAGGGGCCAGAUGUCCCAUGACCCCCCACAAGCCACUUAGGUUGCUGGGGCUGCCCACCUGUCAAGCAUCUGACAUCACCAAGAUGCAGGAUAACGCACUUGCUUUGCUGGCAUGUUUUGAUUUCCAGGACAUGCCUCUCCAUGGGGCUUGCUGUAAGCACCAGCCAGCCUUGUGCAAGAAAAGUAAAAAUAUUUUUUCAGGUGUUGAUCUGCUUGUGUAAGAGAAGACAUCUUAAGUUCUAUGGAACUUGCCUAAUCAUAGUACCACGUCAACUAUUGCACUAACUCUUGUGAAACAAGUAGUGGCUGUUUUCCACUAUUGUUUAUUGGGAGCCAGCCCUGUGUAGUUGAUACACCAUUGUGCAAGACAAGUAUCAUUGUUUUGUUUCAGUAGGAAGAAGCUGUUGGCAGACAUUCUACUAAUGUGCAGAUUAGUUGGCAAACCUAGGCUUCAACAGUCAUAGUAGGACUUAAACUAGUAAUAAAGAAAAUUUGCAUAAUGAAUCCUCAUCAAUGCAAUAUUUAAUUAACACCUGGAUAAAAGCUCCCUUCGUUUUAUUGUGUUAGAGCUGAGCCCUAAAUACAUUUACAGUAUAUAUAUAUAAAUAUUUUUAAUUCACAGUCCUUUUGACUGAAACCUAUUGUUUUUCGUAACACCAGCAGGGUUCUGUUUUUUUUCCAGCUUCCUAUCAUGUAUUUGAGUAUAACAUUCCUGAAAUCUAAAUGCUUCCAUUUAAAAUGGGUGAUGUCAGUGUUACCAUGGCAAUUGAAAAUCGCACGGAUCCAAUUUAUACAAUCUAUACACCUUUUCCCUUUCUGGCAGAUUUUCAGAGCAGCAGUAACGCUUCUUGCAUUCAUGUAGAAGGUGUAUCUUGAAUUGCGAUUGCGUUAGUGUUAUUAUGGGAGAAACGAAUGUUCAGUGGGUGAAGGCAAGGGAGAAGCGUAUCAUCUUACGAAAGACGGUGAAUGGAAAACUAGUUGCACAACCGUAGUAAUAAAUAGAGCCCAAAUACGCAAGCAUGUGUUAACAGGACUUUAUAUAACAGAAGGUGGGAUUUUUUUUAAAUUUAAUUUUUUUUUUGCUUUUCUCCACUAUACUUUGAGAUGGCAUUCUUAGGCAAAGUAUACGUUUUUAUGUCUGUUUUUGUGUGUGGCCCUGCUGCCAUUUUCCUAAAAGCCACCCCCAUAACUGGAAACUGAAGAAAGAGAGAAAAGUUGUAGUCAGCUUCGUGCCUCAGCGUCCUAGCCAGCAGUGCACAUUCUGGGGCAAGCCAAGCCUGUACUAAAGGGAAGGACUCCACUUGAACCGCGAUGGAAACCGACUGUUGGCGCUGAAAACAGAGAAGGUGGCAGAGCAGCUGUUAAACCGAAGGGAGGGGGUAAAACUGGCAAGAGCUGAGGAGGCGCCAUUCGGAAUGAAUCUCACCCCCGGGGAUGAAUUUUAAAUGCGGGUGGCAUAGAACUAGGCUUGUGAGUGCAGGAGCACAGCAUAGCAAUUCAGAGAGGCCAAAGCACCACACUUGAAGAGAGAGGGUGGUCUUCAAGUGUUUAUAUGCUACUGCCUCUGAGCCCAGGUGAGUGAACUGGACUGCUUGGUAUUAGAGGCUGGCACUGGUAGAAUAGAGAUGAUGGAUACUUGGUGGAACAGAGAGAACCAAUGGGACAUACUGUAGUUAUCUCUGGAUAUAAACUCUGUAGGAAAAACAGAGAAGGACGUGCCAGAGCUGGUGUCGUUCUGGAUGUCCCAGAGAGCAUUGAAUCCAGCAAGCAAGGAAACCCAAAAGGGGCAGAAUUCUGAUAAUCAAAAGAUAGCUGAGAGAUAGCAGGCCUGCUGCUUAAGACGAAGAGAUUUCUGCUUCAGCGUUGUAGAUGGGGAUCACAUCGUUCAAAUAACAUGCCUUUCUUAAAAGACCCCCUUUGGCAUGUAACUGCGGUUGUAGGGUACGUACUAAUACACUUAAGUGCUCUAUGCGGCUGCCAUCUUGUUUAAUAAAAAUGGCUUCAAUUAAUCAUAUAUGUCAGACCAGGUAGUUUGGAUGCCAGGAAAAUCUGACUGGCAUGUAUGGUUACACUUCCAUGGGAAGCUUAUGUAAGUUCCUUGCCUGUGGUCAUCUUCACCAUCAUGUUUUAAUGGGGCCUCACAGUGUUAUGGAUCAGUUUUUCCAGUUUCAUAAGAAGUUGCUUAAAAAGGACACAUUGCUGGGGCAUGAUCAUUUUGCUUUUGUUCACUUUCUCACUUGCCUUUUGAUUUUAAACAAGAUUAGAUGAGUUCUCCUAUAGUGGUGUACUGCAGGAGAGUGCAGAACUGGGGAUGGUAACAAUACCUUUUAUUUUUGAAUUUUAUUUCAAAAUUGAGAAUAGUAGAGCAUAUAUAUUAAUAAGCACUUGUUAUAAUGAAUAGGAAUGAGGAAGUGAUACUGGAUUGUGGGAAACUUUAUGGCCACACUUCUGUAGUCAGGAUGUCAAAAAUUAUGGGAGGAAUUCAACACCACACUGUUAGAACCAGCUACCCUAUCCCUCCUCAUUUGCUGUUCAGAAUGUUCUCUUGCAACCGCCACUCCAGCCAAUUUAAUGCAGAAUUGAAGUACUCCAGUUGCGUAUGGACCUUGCCACAUGCUGUAUAUCAUAUUCCAUACGGAUGUUGCCUAAAUAAUCAAACAGCAUGAUAACAUAAUAAGAAUACAGUGGUACCUUGGAAGUCGAACGGAGUCCAUUCUGGAAGUCUGUUCGACUUCCAACGUUUGGGAACCAAGGUGCGGCUUCUGAUUGGCUGCAGGAAGCUCCUGCAGCCAAUCGGAAGCUGUGGAAGUCGCAUCGGUCGUUCGUGUUCCAAAGAACAUUCGCAAACCGGAACACUCACUUCCGGUUUUUGAUCAUUCAGGAGCCAAAGCGUUUGACUCCCAAGGCGUUUGAAAACCAAGAUAAGGCUGUAAUGUGCCUCUUCUUUAUGCAUUUUUUGUUCUUGUCAACUUUUUUCAUAUGUGUACCCUGCCCUUCCACCCAACAAGGCAGUGUUACCUGUGAUCACCCACAACAAGCCUGAGAGAUUGGGCUGAGAGUUGGUGAUUUGCUCAAGGUCAUCAAGGAAACUUCAUAGCCAAGAAGGAAUCCCUGAUCAAAGUCCAUCUUUGUCCACAUUGACUAAAUCUUCCUUUUGCUUCAGUUUUCAGACAAAACGGAUAGAGAGUACUACACUCUGGAUGAUAUGUUUGUUUCCAAAGCGGCAACGGGCGAGCGAAGCGGCGAGGAAGAGGGAAGGCAAAGGAAACAAGCAAUCCGUGAGCAUCAGCAUCUUGCUGCACGCAUGGAGAAGUGCCCUUACUGCUUUGGUAGCCCCGAACUUCCAAAACACCUGAUUAUUGCAAUUGGUAACAAGGUAAGGAAGCAGCACAGCCUGUUCUGCGAUGCAAAUGGGAAGAAAUAAAAGAGGGCUGUUUUCCAUUCCAUGGUUUUAUGAGAUUAAAAGUGAGAUUGCUUCUUGUGACAUGAGUUAUUGUCUUUGAAUGUUCCCGGCCCUUCCAAUUAGGAGGAAAGAGCCACUUCCUCAAGGGUGCGACUAAAAUGAUACGACUCUUGUCUUGAAUGAUCAAGUUAAUCUUCUUCAGUACUUCAUAUUUGCAGGUGACCUUGCUGCAAUGAUAUGCAAGAGCUGAAUAUUUAGGUUGCAUAAGGUGGGUAAAUAAUUUGGAGGCCAAAUCAUGGUAAGAGAAAAAGGGUCAUAGAGGGGAAGUUGAAAUUAGAAGCCAGAAAACAUAAUAAGGUCCACAAAGGCAAAGCAAAGUCAUCCGGAUUUCAGCAGCACUACAGACAGCAGUCACUGCCUUUUAAAAUAAAUUUUGGGUUAGUUGCAAAGAGCAUAUGGAAGUUUUUACUUGAGACCAACUUGCUGCAGCCCAGAUGACAUUGAACUACAGCUCCCAUCAUCAUGACAAUUGGCUGUGUUGACUGAGGCUGAUGGGAGUUGUAGCCCAAAAAUGUUAGGAGGACACUCUGUUCCUGUUUUAGACUUUGCCCCACCCACCUCAAAAAACUUGCUAGAAGUAUGUGUUUACUUCAACAUCGUCAUAGUUCAACAAGAAUCCUAUUUCCUCAAGUUUAUUGCCCUCCAAAAGUAUUCUGACUUUCACCCAUCUAGACUCUCUGGAUGCCCAAACAUUACGCUAAAAUACAUGCACAAUUCAACAAAAUGUAGAUAAAAAUAACCAGAAGCAGACCACAGGAUGCAUGCUUAGCUCUGACUUCAGUAAUGACUGGGCUAAAACUUAAAACACAAGAAAAUGAACAGUCUAUAUUCUGCUAAUUCGGGCUCUUUAGCUUCCUCUUAGAUAUUCACAUAUCCAUUAUCCUUCACCAUGUAUCCCACAAUAUUCCCUCACUCAUCUUCCUCUCCCCAUCACUCCAGUUUAUAAAUAGGUUACAUUUUGAUGUCCAUGUUUCGUAAUGUUGCAAAACUGUAAUCGUUUUUUUUAAGUCAGCCAAAUGCUUCCUUAAGCAAAUGGCCAUAUGAUCUCUUUAGACCGAGUUUAUUUCAGCAGGAACAGCCAUCAGCCUUACCUCUAAAUACAGAGGUUUUAGAGCCUUGAUGACUUCAAAACCUAGGAGGGAACAUAUGAGAGGAGACGCAUCUUGUACAGAAACCCCUUUAUUUGUUAGGUGUACCGACUGUUGUUCUUGUGCCUGGUUUCUGACUCAGGGUUUUAAAGAGUAAUGGGGAACUAAUCUGUACCCAAUGUUGGGAUAUAUGUGGCUGACUAAGGGUGCAUUCCCGGCCACUGCUCUGCAAGGCUUCCUGGGGUGGGAGGGCCACCAUCACAUCUGCAACCUUGCUGAGCAAGUUGGCUGGGUGGAAGUGGGCAGGCAGAUUUCUGCACCAGCCUGGGGCCAGCAUAGUGACUGGGACUGAAUUGGGCUGACUCAGCCCCACCUGCUCCUGUUUGGGGGCUUUCUGGUGGCUUCUGUCAGCAGGGAACCUGCACAUUCAGUGGGUUGAAGGGAUAGCUCUGCCUGUGGAGUGAUACUGGACUCACUCUGCAGGUGGAGGUCAGCAGGGCUACCCAAUCCAACCCUGUUCCCCCCUGCCCCACAAAGGGAGUUUGGAUUGUUCCAUAGGUAUUUUCAUGGAAACAAACACGCAGAGACAGGCAAGCAAACAGGCAAGGAACUUUUGUAUGCAGUGCAUGGUCCCGAAGGGCAAGGUUUUGGAGUUGGUAGACUCAACGGAGGAACUGAAAUGUGUAAAAUAUGAUUAGUGUUCUGCAUUGCUCUGUGCAGUGUAUGUCAGAAAGAGAUUCGUCUUCACAGGAAUAUCUCUGUUCAGCAGAGAGAUCUGGGCAUUCUCCCAGUGCCUUAAGAUGAGGGUGAUGAACCUCCAAGGGCCACAUUGCAUUGCCACAAAACCUCUGAGGGGUGCAUGUCAUGCUCAGAACACAACAUAGGAAAUUUCCCUGUGCUUAUUAAUUUUAUGUUCUUGGAACUACCUACAGUAACUAUAUACUUUGCCCUGGUUCAGAGUAUAUACAGUGGUACCUCGGGUUAAGUACUUAAUUCAUUCCGGAGGUCCGUUCUUAACCUGAAACUGUUCUUAACCUGAAGCACCACUUUAGCUAAUGGGGCCUCCUGCUGCUGCCUUGCCGCCAAAGCACGAUUCCUGUUCUCAUCCUGAAGCAAAGUUCUUAACCUGAGGUACUAUUUCUGGGUCAGCAGAGUCUGUAACCUGAAGCGUCUGUAACCUGAAGCGUAUGUAACCCAAGGUACCACUGUAGUUACAUAAUGGCCUCAUGCUCCCCCCCCCCAUUUCUCUACUUCUCUAAUACAGUUGUGUGGAGGAGAUACGAACCUUAAAUAUUUCAAUUAACCUCAGUUAUAAACUGGGUUAAUCUUAACCAGGCAUAGGCAAACUCUGGCCCUUCAGAGGUUUGGGAUUACAGUUCCCAUCAUCCCUGACCACUGGUCCUGUUAGCUAGGCAUGAUGGGAAUUGUAGUCCCAAACUUCUAGAGGGCCGGAGUUUGCCUAUGCCUGAUGAACUAUGGGUUAGUUGAAGCAAUCCUGCUUCAUAAAUUUUGCUUUGAAGUUGACUUUUUCCCCAAAUCAACUAUAGUUAAGCCUAAACACAGUUUGUCCUGGUUCAGAUAUAAUACUUGGCUGCAGUUAGUCUAAAACAAAAGUGCACAUUUCUGACCUGCUAUGCCAGAGGACAAGGGAAGGGAGGAUCACACAGAGACAAGGCUCAUUGCACUCCUUCCUAAGAUGUGGUUUAUUGCUUUGUCCAAAUGAGGAAAAAGACAAGUAUAACCACUCAUAGGAGAAGCAUACACUGACUCAGGGUUGCAUGAAAUUGUGUUUGCGAUUUUCUGUAUGUGGUAUAACAUCUUAGGUGGCAUCUCUUUGAUAAUAUCUGACAUAGCAUUCACUUUCUUUAAAUUCCCUGCAUCAUAGAAUAGAAGUGUUUCUACAGUAUGUUUUAGCAUAUAAUUGCCAUAACAAAAGAUUUUUAUUUUUUUUUGUACAGCAGAAUAGACUAAGACCAAAUACUGUCAGUGAGGAUAAAGGCUUAAGCAUUGAAGUGAGCUGUCUUAACAAAUUGAGUUGCUUUGAAUUUCUUGUAUGAAAUGCUGCUGGAGAAUGAUUAUUUCGAGAGGCUUGCGUUGAUUAUGAUGAUUUUUCAGUAACAAACUUAGAGAGAAUAAAAGGCUUGCUCUGGAGGGCUUGCGAUCUGUAAAUCAGUAAAGAGACCAGAGCAGCAGGGAGCAUAAAAGAGAGUAAUAUGUGAUUAUUUCAGUCACGUAUACUGAGGUUUAUAAAUAGCAUUGUUGGAUCCAUAAGAGAAUAUUCCAGAAUCUACCAUGGGCAAUACAUUUAUGAGGACCAACCAAAACGUCACCCAAAAGUGGCGUGCCCUUCAGUUCUCUGGAGUUCUUAACCAUGGAAAUUGUUAAACAAGGGUGGGGCUGGGGAGGCAAGGGAGGGAGAGUACAAAAAUUAGGCUGAAUUUGUAGCCAUGAAUUUUUAGGUUGUAGACUCUGUUCCAAAGUGGAAAUUGCAGGAAUAAGUCUCUACUAGGUGUUACAGGCAUCAGGUUGCACACUGAUUCUGCAAUAAAGAAGAAAUGGCUACUGUUUUUUAAGAGCACAAAAUCUAACUUGUAACCCAGAUCUGGCUUAGGUAGUGCAGGGUGUGGGACUAGGGGAUUUUUGCCAGAGGCUUUUGGGGGGGGGGAAAUGGGGUUUAAAGUAAAAAUCUUUCCCAUUCUGCAUCUGUACUGGAAUUAUUUUCAGGUGUUUCACUUGUUGUAUCUUACACACAUUUGCCUCUCUGGGCUCCUUCAGGAGGGCGGGCGGAACAUAAAAUAAAUAAAUAGAAGCUUAAACCAUCUUGUAUUCCACCCCCUCUCUCUCUAGGUCUACCUGUCAUUGCCAAACUACCAAUCUCUUACUGAAGGCCAUUGCUUGAUAGUUCCUAUGCAGCACCACAUUGCAGCCACUCUUCUAGAUGAAGACAUCUGGGAAGAAAUCCAGGUGGGCAAAGUCUUAGGCUUGAUGUGACUUGUUGUGUGGAUUCAUAUCUAAACACUGUCGAUAUGAGCCAGCCAAACUUGGCACUUGUAGUCCUCUUAAUUUCAAUGGGAAACAUUUAAGCAUCUGUUUGCUCCUUCAUUGUAACUGGUGGGAAUUGGUGUUUUCUUUUUGGUGGCAUUGUCCCUUUUGCUGUGAGAAGGGCAGGCUGCCGCUUGGGGGUGGGUGGAGAGGGGACCGUUAUAUGCAGCGUGCUCCUUGCAGCCGAGAUAUGGUAGAUGUAUUCAGAGAUGAGUUGCCUUCUCCAUCAUCUGUUGGAAUAAUACACAAGGGGCUUCUGAGUGCUUUAUUUGAAGACUUUGAAUAGUUGGUUUUUUUUAAAAAAACUGAAAUCAUUAAGAGAGUUAUGGGAAGUUCAUAGCCAACACUUAACUUUCUACAACUGAGACGUUUUCCUCCGUCUACAAGUCAGCAUUCUGAAUAAAUGUUGUGAAGUAUAAAAAUAACACAAAGUGGGUGUAUAAAGGUUAGCGACAUUUAACAUGUCAGUUUAUCCGACCCAAAUAACCUGAUUUGAAAGUAGAGAAACUUCAAUACAGUGGUACCUCGGGUUAAGUACUUAAUUUGUUCUGGAGGUCCAUACUUAACCUGAAACUGUUCUUAACCUGAAGCACCACUUUAGCUAAUGGGGCCUCCUGCUGCCGCCACGCUGCCAGAGCCCGAUUUCUGUUCUUAUCCUGAAGCAAAGUUCUUAACCUGAAGCACUAUUUCUGGGUUAGCGGAGUCUGUAACCCGAAGCGUAUGUAACCUGAAGCAUAUGUAACCCGAGGUACCACUGUACUGUUUGUUUGAAUGUGUGUAGUACUUUCACAUCUUUGCCAAGCACCGGCCACAUUAAAUGUCUAGUAAAUCUGCAAAUUGGCAUAAAAGAAUAUGGGGCCAGUUUAUAUUGAACAAGCUUGUGUACUUCGGACAUAGAACAAUCUCGAAGUGGGUCAAGUUGGGAUGUGUCUGUGAUGGUUUGGUCAGGUUAGACACCAAGCAAAAAAGAAAGAGGUUUGCAUUUUCCAGAGUUCUCAUGCUGGUUCGCAUACCUGGUGCGAGUCUGUCUCACUGAUCAGUCUAAAGUUGAGGUUAGUAAAUUCAGACUACAACUUUGCCCUUGGUGCAUCGAGAGUCUCUUUAAUAUACUACAUGGAGAUUUCUGGAGUCAAGCAUACUUAAAACAACAGUAAGCUGAGCUCCUUGGUAACAAUUUAUUCUCAAACCAGACAUUAAUGUUAUUAAACUGAAAGCACAUGGACAGUUUACAUUUGAGGAUAAUGUUUAUUUGGGAGGAUUAAUUGAGUGAGCAAGAGGUCAUUCAAGUUUCUAGGAUUUGGUCUCAUGUAGGAGGCAAAUGAAAUUCAACCAAGAGCUAAAUAUAAACUCUUGGAAUAUCAAUAUAAUGGGAAAGUGUAAUUAAAUAUGCCUGGGAAAUUCUGCAAAAAUGCUUAGAAGAUACCUUUAUUCCACAAAGAGCAUGUCUCCAGAGUAGCUUGGCUAAUUAUGGACCCACUAAAUAAAUAAAAGUCUUAAUAGAGCUUUUAUAAUCACUGAGAAGAUUCAGAGCUCUUUUAAAUUUGUUUUCUGUUAACAAAAUCUCUUUCAUGCUCCCUUUCCCUUGCAACAUGUUGAGGCAUUUGUCAUAUCACAUCUGUUUCUGCUCUCUAUCCUUAAGACUGGUAGUGCAUGGCUUAAUUAUUCCAGUUCAGGCUAAAAACGUAUAGGAAUAAGCAUGAAAAACAAGCAAACAAAAAAUCAUGCAUUAAGUUUCAGUCACCCUCAAUAUUCCAGUAAUACUCUGUAAAUACCAAGUUAACAGUGUUGAUAGAAAGCCUAGACUGGCAAGGACCUCUUAAAACAAGCAUAGUAAGUUUUGUUUUGUUUCUGAAUUGCGUGAACAUUAUCUACCAUGCCCAUUCUAAGAACUAUAGGGAGCCAUUAUGUUGUCUAAUAGAUUUAAAUUAGUCUGGUUACAUCAGAAGUGUACGUGGGAUUUUUUUUUUUUACCUUAUAUUAUACAAUUUGUGUAUUUCUUACAGCCAGCCAGCCAAAAAUACAAAAUGCAGAAUCGCACCCUCAAUAAAAACCAGUCAAAAUAAAACAAAACAAAACGAUAUGCUACGAACUGACAACCAUAAGAAGUCUUAAAGAUAGGUUUUCAAAUUUUCACCAUCUGUGAAGAUGUUUGUUCUGCCAAAAAUACUAAAGAGGCUCUCUAAAGACAAACCUGGAAACAGUCUCAUAAGAGGAUGAUUUAUAUAUUAUUUGAUCCCCCUGAUAAAAAAACUUAAGGUAAAAUAGCACAUGAAGGUGAUUGAUUACAGGGGCAACACCUGUUUUUAAAAGGAACACUGGCAAAUCUGCCAUUCAAAUGCUGAUCAGUAAGAUAGCUCUUCUUUGCUUAGGUAUUGAUUUUAUAAAAAGCAAACAGAGUUUAGGGGCAGACAGAUGCAGACCCUGAGGCCAUGGGCCCUGUGAAUCCCCCAGGCUAGCACAUGUAGCUCUCAUAUUUCUUAAAUGGCUUUAAAAGGUUGUUAGAUAAAUUGAUGGGGAAGAAGUCUACCAAUGGUUGGCAGCCAUUGCAUCCAGUAUUAGAGGCAAUAUGAACGCCAAAUGCUGGUGGUCAUAAGCAGGAGAGUGAUGGCUCAUGUCCUCCUUGCCGGCUUUCCAUGGUCAUCUAGUUGGUGACUGCAUGGACAUAAUACUGAUCUAGUAGAUGGGCCUUUGGUCUGGUCCAGCAGGGCUGUUCUUACAUUCUUAAGUCUGUAUAUUUUGUUUUCUGUUGUCUUAUAAAUUGAAAAGUAACAUCACAGUUUCCCCACCAUUAACUCUUUCUUACAUGAGUCUUUCUUGCUCUGUGCGUGUAUGUAUGAAAUGAUUCCCUUGAAACGCCAAGGCUUAUUGACUCGCUUAACACCAAACUACUAUGGCCAGAUAGAGGUCCAGAUUUGAUGAAGUGAGCAUGCGUAAGGGCCGACCAGGGUUGUUGAGCUUUUUUUAGGAUUUAACCCCAGGACAUAACAUAUACUGCUACAGGGGCUGGAUUAAAUUGACCGGCUUGAUUUUGGACACGCCUGUACUAUGGGAUAUAAAAACUCAUGUUAAUAUCUUGACGUAAGCUCAGUUGAUUGCUUAAAAUGAGAGGCCGUUUUGCUUAGGAUCGAGUGUAUCUCCAUAGGCCAUGCUUGGCCCAAGCGUGCUGAUCUCAAGGGAAAUGGGAGGAAUACAGGAAAAUGGAAGAUUGCAGCACCAAUCCUGCUUGAGGACCUCUUACCUAGUUGUGAAAAUGCACAGGGGUCUCUCAGCAUCUUCCGGCUAUCAAAUUUUAUCAAGAUACGGCACUUCUAUUUAAAAGAAUAUAUGUAGCAAGUUGAUUAUGUAUUGCACAGGGAAGGGGAGAUGUUGUUUAGACCAACUAGAAUUUGAAAAGCAAAUUUAGGUUGUUUAUCAAAAGCUUACAAGUUUAGAGACAACCACCUAGUAAGUUGCCUUAUUGUUUUAAUAAGACUGUUGGUCCAUUUAGUUCAGUGCUGACUGGCAGUAGCUCUCCAGAGCUUCAGAUGCCAGGUAUUGAAUCUAGAGCCCUGUGCACUCAAAGCAAGUGCUCUACCACUGAUUUACUGCCUUCUUGAAGCUUUUUAAAUUACCUUAGUAGCUGCAGUGGCGGCAGCGGCAAAAGAGCAUUUCCGCAUUUAAUUUGCUUUGAAAAUCUCCAAAAUAUCAUUGGUAGAAUGGGUGCUAGUGGAAGUGACAGGCAGUAAUGUGUCAGCUGUUGAAUUAAUUCUUAGUUUCCACAACUAGAACAGGAUAAUGAACAGUUCUGCUUACUGAUGCGUGAUUCUUGAAAAUGCUGGCCAGGGGGUUGUUUCAAUUUAAUUUGCAUUUAAAUGUCAUGGCUUCUCGGACAUCCUGGUGCCAAUAUUUUUGCUUGACAGCCGUUAGCCUGCCUUCACGGCCUUUGCUUGGCUGCUUCAUAGCAAUCUUGAGGCAGAUGUGCUUUUUCGGGGAGAAAUGUAAACUGUAAAGCAAAGUCAGAGAUGGAAACUUCAUGUGCCCUUCCUUCAGAUAUUCUCUAAAUAAAUUUUGCAGAGAACUUCCUUUGACCUCACAAGUGCUAUGAACUUUGCCCCCACCCCAGCUAUUGUUUUAAACAUGCACCACUGCAUGACAGAACCAAGUGCUAUUUGGCAAGAGAGUUGGGAAAUACCAUUCUAGUUUGGGAAAUGUUUCCAUAACUUGACCCUGUGGCUCUGAAAGACCUAGUAUCUCUAAAGUCUCAUUUUUUAAAUGAUGCAAAAGCUCAACCCUGACAAUAAAUGUAUAUGCUAUUCUACUGGAGUACCCAAGGGUCAGAAGCACAGGAUUCCUAGCAUGCCAGAAGAUGACCACAAGCUAGUAUUUCUAUGCCAUUGAGGACCCCAUUCUCCCAUGUAACAUGGUGGUUUCUGGUACUGCAUGAAUGUGCUGGAUAACUCAUCCUCCGGUUGCCCAUCCCCACUGAAGCAGGUGAUAUGAAAGAUUUUUCUUCGAGACCCUGGAGGACUCUUACCAGUCAGAGUCACUUAGUAUAAAGCACCAUAAUGUGUUCAUUAUAGUUUUUAGGGAGAGGGCUGUGCAACCAUCUUCAAUUGUCAAAUGUGUGAAUUAGGCAACAACUUUGAUUUCUCCGGGAAAGAAGAGCAUAUUUCUUUUGAUUUAUGGAUGUGUGCAUUGGUGUGCAUCAUUUGGUCUUCUGAUAAACGAAUGCCAUUGCUUUCACAUGUUUUCCACGAAUGUUUAGAACGACAAAACAUCAAAAGCAAAUAUGCAGUUUUGUUUGGAAACGUAGCACAAGGGAGUUGAUUUCCAGUGUGGCCCAUGAAGAUAAUGAGGUUGUAAAAUGAAAUGUGAAUUCUGUGAUUUAUGGCCCUGGCACAUUUCAAAUGCUCAGUCAGCUUAAGUUACGUCAGGCUUGUGGUUUCCAACUUGUUAUAAUUUCAUACGAGCUCAAUUUGAAAUCAGUUCUUGGCACCUGCCUCCUCUUGCCAGAUGCCGUCACACCAUUUCAGGUUUGGGAACCAAAAUCAUCUCUCAUUUAUUGGAAAUCUAGACUGUGAUUUCUACCUUAUCUGUUUGUUUUAAAACAUGCCAGCUUCUAGGCACCACUCAAGAUAGAAACUGAUCUACUCCAUGAUCAGUUGUGACAUUCUAUCCUAUAGAGGAAAAUGAGUGAGUAUACACACAGGUCAAGUCUGUUACAGUAACAGGUUGGGUAAACUUCUGCACAAUGGAGAUGAGAGACCCAAGAUUGCUUUUCUUUAAGGAAAUAUUAGUAUCUGGCUUAAAGGUCAAUCAUCCCUGAUGAAAAUGUCACUUUUUGAUAAAUUGUGUAAUUGGAAGGAAGAGUGGAAGGAUGGUGGCAUUUGGAGUCUAAGCAAGUCAAGGUAUUAACUUUUGAGGAAAUGAAACUCUGAGGCCUCCCAUGGUUUCUGCCUCCAUUUAUGAUGCCCUCCAAUUUUUUGAACUUCAUGCACCUUUCAUUUGACAGAAAACAACACCUACAGUUGCCAUUAUGCAUGUAGUAUAAAUAUUUAAAAUUACUCAUCAUGUUCCAGUGUUGAGCUCAUUUUAUUUUGAAUGCAAUGUGACAUUAACCUAUGAAAGUUUGACUUCUCAGUAAUGCCAGAUACUUAACCGCAGCUGUUGCCUAACAUUUCUGUGAUUGAAAACUAUACGUAUUUUUACUCUUCUUGCUCUACUCCCUCUCUUUUUUUACAGAUAUUCAGGAAAGCUUUGGUGAAGAUGUUUGAAGCUCAAGAGUUGGAUUGUGUCUUCCUUGAGACAAACUUAAAUUUAAAGAAGCGAUACCACAUGGUAUAUGAAUGUAUCCCCCUCCCAAAGGAAGUGGGUGAUAUGGCUCCCAUCUACUUCAAGGUAUCUACAAACUUUCCAGUUUCCUCAGUUUUGCGUUUUGAUCAUACCACUUUUGUUUUUUUUUAACUGAACUAAAUUGGCAGUUUUGUUUUUUUAAACUGAACUAAAGUUGGCUGUGUGAAGCUCAAAAAAGCAAAUAGAUUCCCUGAAAUACAUCAGAUUAACUUAACUCUCCUUCUUCAAGUGAAAUUUAUUACACUUCUUCAGGUUUCCCAAACUAUUUGUUUCAGCAAAACUGGAAGUACAGAAAAAAGGUUUAUGAAGAAAACAGGUAUUGUUGUAUCAAAUUACUCCUGCUGUGCAGAUUGGAUAGCCCACUAUGGCCCCCGAGUUGGCAGCAUGAACAGGCCAGGGGUUUUUAAAAACCAGAUUUUCCAACUGCACAAACUCGCUACCGAACACCCCACACUAAAAAUAACGGAGCUGAGGGAGCCGAACGAACACAAAGCAUGCUUUGCUCCUUGCUUAUGCCCUGUCUCAGUGGCAGUUCCUCCGUGGGAGCCAGGAGCGAAUUCAUUCAUGAAUCUGCCUGAAUUCAGUAACUGACAGGUGCAAAACCAGGCAUACUUUUGAGGGUAUUUAUAUGGAUGUGAUAAAGCAUCUCCUGCCCAAAGAUGAAGGAAAAGAAGUUCUGGUCAAAAAGACAAAGGUAUUUUCAUAUGGUUUGGGCAGUUUGCUUUAAGUAACGGGGGCUGAGCACAUUCUGCCUUUACACGUUUGUGAACUUCAGGUGAAGGGUAGUUUAUAAAUUAAAUUAAUAAUAACCAUCUGUGUACAUGCUGUCUCUGACACCGUCUGCCAUUUUAAGUGCUUAAUAAACACAGGCACUAAAUGUGUCUAAUUCGCCGCUGCCCCAAAGGCAAGGAUAGAAGUUGCCAAUGUAAGUGAACUGUUUGUGCUGGAUGUGUAGUUACUUUGUGUGUUUGUGUGUGUGUCUUAUUUUGUUUUUUCCAAAUGGCUGAGGAGCUGUGCUGUUAACCUGACAAGAUUGUUUUCAACAGGGCCAUUUUGGAUGCAGCUUCUGCUCACAGCAGUAUAUGGAUAUAAUGGGGCUGGGCCUCAGUGUAAUAGGUUUUCCCCUCAACAGUUAAAGUGAGCAGUCAACAUGUGAUCUCCUUUGCUCUUCCGCUUGCAGCAGAACAAGGCAGGCAGAGAAGAGGGAAGGACCAUGUCCGAGUAGUAGAGCAGGUGUUUUGCAUCCAGAAGAUCCCAUGUUCAAUCUUGGCAUCUCCUGGGAAUUGAUCCUGCCUGGAAUCCUGGAAAGCUGAUAUCAGUCAGUGUAGACAGUUUUGAGCUGGAUAUCGCAAUAAGCUCACUCAAUACAAGGCAGCUUCCAUUAUUUCACUGCAUUUAGAGGAGUAUAGGGCAGCACUCUUACCAUACAAGCUCUGCUGAGUGUCUGAACAUGGUUUAGACUUGGAACUAUUUAGAUAGCUUUUUGUGGCAGUAGCAACUUAAAAUAUAUGUAUGCUAGAUUUUAAUUAACAUUGGCAACAAAAGCAUGACCUUUACCUUUGGUUUUUCUUAUGUACAAAAAAGAGCCAAUAUAACUUAAUUAAUUCCUGUGGCCUUUUUAAUUUGGCAAACUGAAAAUUCUCAUUUCAAGGUAAUUGUAUAAGGCCCACGUUAGACUGCAGUUGUGAAGCUAUAAAAAGUGAAAGGCACUGAAUAAAAUUAGUAUAAAAUCAGUCUUCAUUAUGCAUUAAUGCAUGUAAAUUGAAUUCUACAAAUUGGAGAAAUGUCACGAAGUUAGUUUCUGGCAUUAUAAAAUUAAUAUUCGUUCUUGAAAUUACACAGUAUUCUAACUGCUUUUUAUUUAUUUAUUACAAAUCAAGUUCUACUUUAUGGCAUAUGGUGUCAUUCUGAAAGUGUUUCAUAUGUUGUUGCAAUAUUUUUUCAGAAAGCCAUAAUGGAGUCUGAUGAAGAAUGGUCCAUGAAUAAAAAGCUGAUUGAUCUAUCUUCAAAAGAUGUUCGCAAGUCGGUAUGUAUUGAAGCUUGUCCCUUAUAACACGUGGGCAGUUGUUGUUUUUUGUUCUCAUUUUCAAAAAAAAAAUGGGCCAAGUUUUAAAAGACCCAGAACAGUAAAAGGAGAAAAGACAUAAAAGUACAGUUUAUGUAAGACAUGAGGUUUUAGUUCACGAGUCAAAUACCGUUGCGGUGGUGUUAAUACAAAGAUCUUCUGCUGGAGUUCUGAAAGUUAAAAUAGAUAAAUUGACGCCAGUAACGCAAACCUUUUAAAUAUUACUCCUGGUUUUUCAGGGCACUAACUAUCAUGGCUGAGGGUUUCGAAUGAAUGUUUCGACUCAGGUAUCAGAAUGUCUAGGGCUGCAAUCCUAAACACACUUGCAAGGGUAUAAGCCCCGCUGACUCAGCAGGAAUUACUUUGUAGUAAGCAUGUAUAGGAUCACACUGCAUAGCCUGCCCUUAUGUAAUGAUGGCUUAUGGAAAUGGUUGUCUUUGUUUGGCGUCAAUGCAGUCUCCUUUCCAACCAACAAGAUGGUUUAUAUCCUUCUCAAGGGCUGGGGCAAGAGGCAAAGCUCUGAAAUCUAUAGACUUCUUUUCACAAAGACGGCUGCUGAAUAUAGUUUGUCGUGCAGAAAGGCUGCUGGAAGUUGUAGUUCAGGCAUAGGCAAACUCCGGCCCUCCAGAUGUUUGGGACUACAAUUCCCAUCAUCCUUAGCUAACAGGACCAGUGGUCAGGGAUGAUGGGAAUCGUACUGUUUAUCUUGCUGUUGCUCCCGGUUUUCUGCCUAUUUCCUGGUCCUUAUUCAGGGCAUCUGAUGGUUCAUUGCCUCCCAAAAUUAGUCUCCACGUGUCCUUUUCAGUGACAGUGUGGACCGUAUUCACAUUUCAGAGUAAGUGGAAAGGUCAUAAUCACUUGAUGCUUCCCCAGAGGGAAUUCUAGUGUAUAGAGUUUUAUUUACUGCUACUCUUUUGUUUACAUUUAUCCUUUUUUUAAUUGGACCUUUUCUCAGCAGAAGAAAACUGUGUGCGCUACGACGGCAUAUUUAAAAUCCAUAAAAAAGCAUGAGGAAUUGUUAGUAAAUUAUUAUUAUUCCUGUUUAGGGCAGUUUUUAAUGUUUGAUGUUUUAUUUUAUCUUUAAUAUUUUGUUGGAAGCUGCCCAGAGUGGCUGGGGAAACCCAGCCAGAUGGGCGGGGUAUAAAUAAUAAAGUACAGUGGAACCUCUACCUGCGACCAUAAUCCAUUCUGGAGGUGGAAACAGGUUGCUGGGAGAGGUGCCGUUGUGCACAGGCGCAGGCGGUGAUUGCUCGCUUCUGUGCAUGUGCGAACGGCGAUCGCCACUCCUUUGCAUGUGUGAACAGCUGCAAACCCAUCAGUUAAUCCUGGGUUUGCCGCGGAUGUUGGGCGAAAUGGACGCAAGCGGAGGUGGACGUAAGAAGAGGUUUGACUGUAUUAUUAUUAGUAGUAAAGGGACAUUGUGUUUGUGUCCAGUUUGCACGUCGUGGUAAGCCAAACUAUGGCUUAUUGGGACAGCAAGACAAACUUGCUGUCUCCUGGGGAGGAUCAUGCAGCUGUUUUGCUUUUUCUUACUCCUUUUUACUCCAACGCCCUGUGGCUUUGACCUAAGCCAAAGUGUGCCUUGGUGUGUUGUCCGAACGCGAGCUGUAGCCAAGGUUUGUAGUUAGUGAGGAGGGAACAUAACCAUGAGUUCAUGACCCUGACAUCUUAUUGACAUGUUUCUGUCCUUCAUAGUUCAGUUCCUUGCAGUUCAGGGUUUAAGAAUUGUGUGUGUAUGUGUUGAUUUUUGCUUCAUCAGCCUCCAAGAUAUGUCUAAAUGAGCUGGUUGUCAGUUUUUUAAGUAUCAAAAGACAGCCCCAUGAUCUGUCUUUCUUUGCAUGAAAUAAUGAAUGGCCCCUCUGUCUUUUUAGGUUCCGAAAGGUUUGCCUUAUUUCUCCGUAGACUUCGGCCUACAAGGGGGCUUUGCUCACGUCGUUGAAGAUCAUCGCAAGUUCCCCCUUUAUUUUGGAAAGGUAUUUAUUAUGUCACCUGUUCAAAGAGGCUGGUGUGGGAGACCCUCCUGCACGCUCCAUUCUGAGAAGCUCACUGCGUACAUUAGCAAAGUUGAAUAUACAUGGCAGUUUUAUUACUGUGUGCUUUAGAACAUCCCAGGGACAUGAAGAACGUUUGUUAUCUCAGGGUUUGAGUUGUGUAAUUAGCCAUUCUAUAUGAUGUUGAGAUCUUACCAUUCAAAGCGAGAGUUGUAAUAAAUGUUUGCCUGGAGGUAAAGGACUAAUUUUUUUUAGCAGGAUCAAUAUUGUGAGUGGAGAGAGAGAGAGAGAGAGAGAGAGAGAGAGAGACUCAAUAAUGGAUUUAGGGAAUAACUUAAUCUUCUUUCCCCCCACAAACAGAAUCUCUAAUGCUGUGGGUAGAUUUGCAGGGGAUGUGGCUGUCAGUUCAAAUCUCCUGUUCCCACUCCACCCCCGUAGUCCUUAAAGGAAGUAGUUUGCAUAGAGCACAUGUGGGUGAGUCACUUGUUAAAAUGCAGAGCUGGAAUGACCCCCCCAUCAAUCCAAUUGUACUUUGCAGUCCUUGUUUUGAACAGGUGUGAAUUUCCAAGGUUAAUUAAGAGCAGUAAUAUUCUUCUCUGUCUGUCCUGCUUUAAAAGGAAAUAAUUGGUGGCAUGCUGGAUUUGGAGCCCAGGCUGUGGAGAAAGGGACUGCGAGAAAACUUUGAGGACCAGAGGAAGAAGGUGUUGCAUUUUGCUCAGAAGUGGAAACCGUACGAUUUCACCAAAAGCAAAGAGUGAAGCUUUGACGAUGCAGUACCUGCCAAUAGACCGUCAAGAUCCAUAAAACCAAUCCAUUUUAUAGAAAGGCAUGUGUUAAGGAUGACAGGAUGUUUUCUACAUUCCUAGUGAACACUUUUUUUGGGGGGGGGAAUAUAUUUUAAAAGAACGCAGUUCAUACAUUUAAUUUGACUUAUUUACAAGGCAAAUUGAUUUCAACACAAUGUCAUUUAUUUAUAUUUAAUGCCUCAUAUUUUCUGCUGUGUGCUCUUUUUCUUAAAGCCCUUUUCGUAAUACCUUGUUUAAAUCAUGGCCUCUGGGAGGUGCUGUCAGAUGCACACUGUGCGCUUAAAAAGAAAAUUGAUUUAUUGACAUUUAAACGUCAAAGAGAGAAAAUAUCUCUAAAACUGGCUAAACAGCAUUAAAGACUACUUAGGCAAAUACCUUUCUCAACAGCCUUGUGAAAAUGGAAAUAAUAAUAAUAAUAAUAAUAAAUUUUAUUUAUAUCCCGCCCUCCCCAGCCGAAGCCGGGCUCAGGGCGGCUAACAACAAUAAAACAGUACAAAAGUACAGCAUAAACAACAGUCUAAAAUCAUUCGUUAUAAAAUUAAUUCAAGCCACUGGCAACCAUUGGGCCAGAGCUCCGCGAAGAUUUCUGCAGGAAGGGAAAUGCCAGUAUUCUCCCAAAGAGAGAGUGACUAGGUAGAGAGAGAAUUGAGCUUGGCAGGAAUCUUGAGACAAGAUGAUUCACUAUCCUGUUGAAGUCCAGCAACUAACAGUUUUUCAGUGAAGCAACAAAAUAAAGGUUUGGAACAAAUGUAAACUGGAAAGGGUAAAGCAUGACUUAGGUCAUUUCUGCAGGAAGGGAAUUUCUGCCUCGCAACUGGAUUAAUAUUUCAAAUGGCACAGUGGCAUGGAGGAAUCCCAAGAAAGCUACAUAGAUGGUCCAGAAAUCUGUGUUUGAUAGUAUUCAGAUAGUGGAAAUUGAAUAGGGGGCGUGGGUUGCGCUGUGGUCUAAACCACUGUGCCUCUUGGGGUUGCCGAUUAGAAGGUCAGCAGUUCGAAUUUGCGCAAUGGGAUGAGCUCCCACUUCUCUGUCCCAGCUUCUGCCAACCUAACAGUUCGAAAGCACACCAGUGCAAGUAGAUAAAUAGGUACCGCUGUGACAGGAAGGUAAACAGUGUAGGAUACUUUUGUCACAUGGGCACACUGUAUAUUAGCUCUGCUCUCAUGGUGGAAAUGCAUUUGCAGGUUAUGUCAAAACAAGGAUCUGAACCUGUUUUGUUUAUGGUUUUGUCUAUAACACAUUCCCUUCCCUGUGCAGUAGAAUAGCUUGUUCAGAUUUGGGUGGUUAAAGGAAAGUACUUGUAAAGUUUACAGGAAUUUAAGCUGGGUUGGGGACACUCCUUGGGGAAGUCACAACACUGCCAAAAACUGAAUUACACUUGUGCUUAGAAUACCUUGGUUAUUCUUCUGCAAACCAUGGUGGACUAUAGCUAUAGUUCACAUGUGCACUGCACACAAGUUACUACUUCAAGAUUCUUGGGAUCCCAGAAAACUGGAUCAGCUACUUUGAAAGUGCCCAGUCUCUAAAUUCGUGCCAUGGACUGGUUGGAUGCAGAGGAAUGGUGGGAGGAACCAGCUGGGAAACCAGCAAGGAAGAGGUUGGCUGCACACAGGCAAAGUCUCUGCUUGGAAAAAGCCCUGGAGAGAGGGAACUUAGACGGCUGUGGGGAGGUGGGGACUUUCAGUCUUGGCAACUGAUUCAUGGGGCCAGACCUACCAGGGAUGAACUGCUGUGCUCAUUGGGCCUGACACUGCAUCAAGUCUGUGAAGAUGGUAAUUUUGCUAAUAAAGAGUUAACUCAAA